AUGUCAGAUAAAGCAAGUUCAUGUGAUUCAUCGGAUUUCUCUGAUGGUUAUCCAACAACAACAACAAUUAGUACAGUUGCAUUACAAGCUGGUAAUGCACGUAUUGUACUUGCAGUAUUACGUUGUGGAAGUUGGAUACGUGUUCGAAUUCAACGUAUGGAGCCAGAUCUUUAUGAUAUUGGUGGAAAUGCUGAUGAAGCUCGUUCAUUACAUGAAAUACAUCAACAUUUAUGUACUAAAUUAGCGUCGAAACAAGAACAAAUAUCUGAACUUUUAUCAAAAGCUGAUGAUUUGGUUACACAACAAACAUCAGACAAUCAAAGUCAAGUAUAUGCAGCAAUGGCUGAAUCAUUAAAUCGUGCUUGGCGUGAUUUACUUGGUAUAUUAACUCAACGUGGAAGAUUAUUAGAUUUAGCCAUGGAAUGUUUUAACUCAGCUGAAAAUGUAAUUCAACAAGCUGAAAGAGUUGAACACUUAUGUAUCACUGGUAGUUGGGGUCAUGACGUUAGUUCAGUUCGUCAAUUAAUUGAAGAACAUGAAAAUCUAAAACGUACUGGUUUACUAGAACCAUCUCAUAAUCUCCUAAAUUCAGCUAAUAAUUUAUUAGAAUUACUUGGUCGUAUGUCAAGUCAAACUGGUAGUUCAACAUCCACAUCAAAUACUGGUCCCAGACAUGCAAGUAUUGAAGCACGUGACCAUGUAGCUGCAAUUACAUCAAAAGCUGGAAUGACUAGAAAACAUGCAGAAGAUGUUUGGAAUCGCCGUGACCAUCUACUUCAAUUAAGAUUAACUGUUGUUUCUAGGGAAGCAGAACUGGAACGUAUCGUCGAUUGGUUUGUCAAGAUUGGUGAACCUCGUUUUUCAGAUAUACAAGUUGGAACAAGUUUAUCUGAAUGUCAAACUAAUUUAGAUAGAUUAAUGAUACUAACAGAUGAAGUACGUGAUUUACAAAAUGCACAUUCACAUUUAACUCAAAAUCUUCAUCAAGCAACAACUACUGAUUCUUGGCGUAGGAAACGUGAAAAAAGUGUAUCUGAAAUAUUACGUGUACAAGAACAAGAAUUAGGCAUUCAUUCUACAUCAUUAAGUAUGGAUAUAGAUAAUGAAAAUGAAUUGAAAACUAUUCAUGAUUCUGAUACAUGGCGUGUUACACAUGGUGCUUAUUCUGAAUUAAUUACACGAUUAAGAACUACAGAAUCUUAUAUUUGGGAAUUUUUAGAUCGAAUUGAAAAUCGUAGACGUCAAUUACAUACUAGUGUGAUUUAUUAUAGUGAAAUCAAUGUGUUACUUAGCCAAAUCUAUCAACUUGAAUCCGAUAUGAAAAGGACACGUGAUCUUCAGCAAACUGGAUUAGAAGAAAUAUAUUAUAAUAAAUUAACUGAUAUAGAAGUACGUGUACCUGGAUUAAAACAAACAAUGAAUGAGUUAAGAACAAGUUAUAAUGAAAAACUUAGAACAUCUAAUUUAAGAUCACAACUUGGUGUUACAACACAAUCUUAUCUUGAUGAAUUGGAUCUCACUUCAACAGCAGCAGCUUCAGUUACUGGGAAAAUGCGUGAAGUAGACGAAGGAAUUACUAGAUGCCGAGAUCUGUUGAAUCAACAUAAAGAAUUAACUAUCAAAAUACAAAAACGUGAAGAAACAGAAUUGCGGUUAAAUGAACUGAGUAUGUGGUUAAGUCAAAGGAUUCAUCGUUCACUCGUGGAGUAUGGAAGGUAUGGCACAACAGUUGAACAAGUAGCUGAUUUUGAAGACGUACAUCGUCGUCUUCAACGUGAGCUGCAAUCUAGAGAACCUGAUUUAGAGGAAUUAAGAAUUGCAAUUGGUCGACUAUCUCCACCUGCUGGUAGAUCAAGCGCACAGGAUCGUUUAAAUGAACUAUCAUCUUGUUGGACACGUUAUAGGCAAAUUAUUCAAUUACGAUUAGAAUUAGCUAAUCAAUUCUCUUCUUUAUUAAAAGGUAUCCGUGAAAAUGAUGUUCAUUUUAAUUCGAUCAUUCAAAAAAUGAAUGAAGCUGAUAGGAUAACAACUAGUUCAGAUUUUCAUCCAAGUUGGAUCCAAGUUAGUACUGGUGAUAAACAACAAAUAGCUGAACGUAUUCGACGUGAAUUAAAUAUAACUACAAGUAGUUUAGAAGAAGAACAAAUAGUCAUUCGUCAAUUUAUUAAUCAUAUUACUCAAAGAGCUGAUCAAGAUCUACAAAUAAAUGAAACCAUUCAUUUUUGUCAAGUUCAAAUAGAAUUAAACAAUAAACGUUUAAAUCAAUUACGUGAUUCAUGGAAUAAUUGUCAACAAUUAUGGGAUCAAUAUAAACUUGCUCAAGAACAAUGGAAUAUAUUUACACAAACAGCUCAUCGUUUGGAUGAAUUAAUAACAUCAUCACUUUCACGUAUGUCCAGAACACCAUUACCAAGUCAACCACAUGAACUUUCAGAAGUUUUAAGGGUUCAUCAUAAUGAACGCAAUGAAAUUGAUCAUUUAACAUUAAAUUUAAAAACAGUAUCUCAACAAUUAGGUUCUAUGAUUGGUGCACAACCAGAUGAUCAUGAUCAUAAUGGUCAAAGUUGGAGAUUUAUUGAAGUACCAAAUAAAUUCACUACUGGUCUACCAUUAUCAACUAUAGGAAAACGUUUACGUUCAGAAAUGUGUUUACAAUUAGCUGGUUUAGAAACAAGAUGGAAAGCAUGGGAUAAAGCAUGGACAUCAAGAAGUAUACAAUUGGAACGACGUUCUACACAUUUUGGACAGUUAACAACUAUUGAGGAGAUAGAAGCAGAAAUUGUUUCAGCUGAAAGAAAAUUACAACAGAUUAUGGGAAUGGUCUCAUUAACUACACCAUUAUCACAAGUUCAAAUGGCUGAUAAAGAUCUUAGUCAAAUUGAAGCAACAAUACCAGUUUUGCAUAGUCGAAUACGUUCUAGUGCACCUGAUAUGAAAUUACAAUUAAUUCAUGGUGAACCAUCACCAACAGAAUAUACUGGAACAAAUAUUGAUUUGCUGAAUGUUUCAAAACGUCAUGAACAACUUGAAAUACGUUUAACAACAUUUACAGAAGAAACUGUACGAUGUCGUACAGAAAUUAAUUUAACUUUACGUUUGUUAAAUGCCGUAGAUACAGCACAGAAAGCUUUAUCACAAAUAACAUUUAAUUUAAAUCGUGUUAAAAAUCAAUUACCAGAGAUUACUUCAGAGAAUCGUUAUCAAAUUGAAGAGAUACGUUUUGAUAUUUCAGAACAAAUUAAUCGAGGACGUGUAUUAGCUGAUGCACAUAUACCAAUCUUGGAACAAUUAUCUAUUGAAUAUCCACGUCCUAUGGAAGCAAAACAAUUUAUACAACCUAUUGUAAAUGAAUUUCAAUCAUCUAUUAAUAAUUUAACUCAAUUAUCCGAUGAAAUUCGUGUAAGAACAGAACAAUGUAUUAAUUUACAACGAUUACAACCUACCCAUAUAUAUGAUGAUCAAAUUAAAGCAACAACAGUUACAAUGCCAACAAAAGCAAAACCACCAAUAAUUAUUAAACCAUUAGAAAAUAUAACUAUAGAAGAAGGUAAAAAGAUUAUUAUGGAGACAAUAUUUGAUUCUGGUCUUCCACCAGAUGCCAACCCUUAUGAUACUAAUCAAUUACAAGUAACUUGGUACAAAGAUGGAAUACCUGUAGUUACACCAGACUAUGAAGUCAAUUUAACCGAGAAUACAGCAAGUUUAAAAAUAUCUGAAACUUUAAAUGAAGAUAAUGCUAUAUUCACAUGUUAUAUCAGUACACCAUAUGGUAAAGCUGAGACAAAGUGUACAUUAACAAUAAUAGAUACAAAAAGUCCAAUACCGAUCAAUGAAAGUUUAGUUCAACCUACUAGGAAUGUAAAAGAACAAAAGCCUAUUCGUGAACUUGGUGAUCCACCUGAAUUUAUCAAACAUCUUAAAUCAACGUGUAUAGAUGAAACUAAUGAAUUGGUUUUAGACUGUCAAGCAGUUGGUUUACCUGUCCCAUUUUUAUCAUGGUAUAGAAAUGGUCAAUUAAUUGAUCAAAAUCCUGAUUUUAAAAUUACUCAAUUAGCUGGAUCAGGAAUAUUGAGGAUUCCACAAUGUCGAAUGAUGAAUCAUUCUGGAUUAUAUUUAUGUCGUGCUACUAAUCCAUAUGGUGAAUGUUCAACCACUUGUCAAGUGGAUAUAAAACCAGCUCAACCACCAGUUAUUAUUCAACCAUUACAAAAUGUUAAUCUUAAAGUUGGUGACAGAUGUAAAUUAACUGUUCAGUAUAAGAGUGAACUUCCAGUUGAAGUAGAAUGGUAUCAUAAUGAUAUGCCAAUUCAAGGAGAGGUGGGUCGUCGACGCAUUACAAUGGAAUUAAAUAAUAUGGUCAGCUUACAUCUUCUUAUGGCUUCUGAUUUAGAAGACGGAAAAUAUAGUUGUACAGUUCGUAAUGCGGCAGGUUCAGCUACGACAUACUGUAAUGUUACUGUCCAACCAACAGAUGCAAGAGAAUCUUUAUUACCAUCACAAGUGACACUACGACCAACAGCUCCACGCCGUAGAAGGGACUUACAGUCUGAUGUAGAUGAAGUAUUUGAACCAGUUAAAAUACCAAGAAUAGUUCAGUCACCUACUAGAGUCACAGAAGAACAAGUGAUUCCAGUCAGUGCAGUUAAAGGAGCCUACCCGUAUACGAGUCCAAAAUAUUCUCAAAGAGCUGUUUCAGUACCACCUACAACAACAGCUUCUGUACCUUUAAGAAUACAAACGAAUGUCAGAGGAUCACGUCCAGUAUCAGAUUAUGGUAGACCACCACAGUUUAUUCUACCAUUGCAAAAUGCUGGAGUGAAUGAAACGGAAAAAAUUAAAUUGGAAUGUCAAAUUACCGGGAUUCCUGAACCAAAAGUCACUUGGCUUAAAAAUGGUAUCCCAUUAGCUAAAUCUAAUUCGUAUACAAUUAAAGAGAUUGGACAAUAUCAUUGUCUAAUCUUUUAUGAUGUAUUUCUUGACGAUCAAGGUGAAUAUACAUGUGUUGCUGAAAAUCCUUAUGGACAGGCAUUUAGUUCAUGUAGAAUGGAUGUUGAACCGAUCUGUGCAGAUGAACAACCAACUGAUAGUGAACCGACGUUAGUAAAACCAUUACCACCAAGUUUAUCUGUUGUAGAAGGUGGAUCAGUUGAAUUAACAUGUCAAUUCACUGGAAGGCCAUUACCUUCUAUAGUAUGGUUUAAAGAUGGUAAACAACCACAAUCUUCAACUAAUUUUCAGACAUUUCAAGAUUCUGGUUUUGCACGUCUUUAUAUACCAAAAGUUGAAAAAGAUAAAACUGGUAUGUAUGAAGCUGUAGCAACAAAUCCAUUGGGUAGUUGUUCUACCACUGUAUAUAUGGAAAUACUUCCAUCUAUACGAACAUCUAUUGAUUUAUUGCCAACAAUUUCACCAGUAAUGAGUGGAAGUUCACCUGAAUUUACACGAAUAUUUAAAGAUGUUUAUAUUGAAUCAGAACGUUUGGAAGAAGUAGUACUUGAAUGUUCGGUAGUUGGUGUUCCAACACCAGUAGUAUAUUGGACACAUAAUGGAAUAAUUAUCAGACCGGAUGAUCAACGUUAUACUAUUGGUCAAGGACCUGGUCCUAAUGAUCAUUGUUUAAUUAUUCGACGACCAGGACCAGAAUCAUCAGGUCGUUAUCAAGCUAUAGCUGAAAAUCUUCAUGGAAGAGUUACCUGUUCAGCAUUUAUAAGUCCUAUUGGUUAUAGUCAAACAAUAAUUAAAAGACCUCCAUCUACGAUGAGUUUAACAAGGCAUACAGUUACACGACAAAUAUGUCCUCGUGAAACAUCAUUACCUCCAUCACCGGCAAGUACAGCUCCAAUCAUUUCACCACAAUCAUUGGCUACAGUUCAAUUAUCUUUAUCACCAGUACGAUUUCAAAGAGAAACAUCGGCUCCACCAUCACAAUAUUACUUGACAAGACAUCAUUUACAAAUAAGACCAAGACAGCCAACACCACCAAUUCAACUCACUUUUGCAUUACCACGUAAAGAACAAUCAUUAAGUCGAACAGAGAUAAUACGACCUGUUGAAAGUCAGUUAAAAUUACAAGGACAAGUAAAACAUUAUAGUAGUACACAACAUUUAUAUAAGAAACAAAUUACACCAAUUGUGCCAACUAUUGAAACACGUUAUUCACGACGUGUUGCUAGUCAACCACGUCUUUCACCAGGUUAUUCAUCAGAAGAAGAACAUGAACAUAGUAUGUCUGUUGUACCAAUGGUACGUCAUUAUAAAACACGUAUGGAAAGAAAUCUAGUAACUAGACCAUAUAUUAUGUCUGGUUAUAGUACAGUAAAAGAACAUAAACGUACAUUACAUAUUACACCAAUGAGACGUGAAUAUCAAACAUCAUUAGAACAUAAUUUACCAGCUAGGCCAACAUUAGAAAAAGGUUAUGCAGCUGAAGAAGAACGUGAAUAUGAAAUGAAUGUAGUACCUGUUGUACCUCAUACAGAUUAUAAAACUGAAUUAACAACUGAUAUUUAUAGUAAACCAGAGGUGACAUCAGGCUAUACUACAGAAACUGAACAUAUUCGAUCAUUUGAAGUUACUCCGAUGGUACCGGAAUAUCAUACAAAAAUGGAACGACAAAUAGCAAGUCAUCCAAUACUUGAAGCUGGUUAUUCAUCAGAAGAAGAACAUGAACAUAAAUUGGAUAUUAUACCUAUGACUACUUCAUAUAAAACUGAACUAAACACUGAUAUAUCCUCUAAACCAGAAUUGAUGCCUGGAUAUGUCGUUGAAACUAAACAUCCUAUAAAACUUGAAGUUACACCAAUAGUUCCAGAAUAUCGUACUGAAUUAGAUACAAAAGUUGCUAGUCAUCCACAUUUAGAAGAAGGUUAUACAUCAGAAGGUGAACAUGAGCAUCAAAUGGAAUUGAUCCCGUUAGUGCCCGAAUACAAAACACAACUAUCAACAGAUUUAUCAGCAAAAACUGAAGUGAUUAGUGGAUAUGAAAGUCGAUUACAUUAUGAAAAAACUUAUCUUAUGGAAACUCAAUUAAAACAAUAUGAAACUGCUAUUUCAACUCAUCUACCAAGUAGACCAUCUUUAACAUCAAUAUUUGAAUCAACUCUUGAACAUGAAACAAAUAUGAAUGUCGUUCCAGUUGUACCACAAAUUGAACAUCAUAAAAGUCAAUGGAUUACUGAUUUCUAUGCUAGGUACCGUCCAGUGGAUGUAAUUGUUGAAGUACCUAUUCCACCAGAGUUUGUAAGACCUCUAGCAAAUGUUGUAGCUGAUGAAGGAGCGUGUGUUGUUAUAGAAGGUCUUGUGAAUGGUACGCCACAACCCAAAAUAUCAUGGUAUCGUUCUGGACGUCAAUUAUCUGAUGGUCCUGAUUUCCGUUUAGAUUAUACAAACAAUCGUGUACGACUAACACUUAGUGAAGCUUUUCCUGAUGAUGCAGGUGAAUAUACUUGUGAAGCUGAAAAUAUUGCAGGUCGUGCACAAAGUACUGCAAAUUUAAUAGUACGUGGUCGUUUAAUGACACCAAGAUUUAUAAAAGGACUUGAAAAUCAAGUCAUAUAUGAAAGAGAAUCAGUUCGAUUAAUUGUUAAAGUAGAUGGAUAUCCACCACCAACAGUUACAUGGACUCGUGAUGGUCAUGAAAUCACAAGUUCUCCUAACUACAUACUUGAAUGUGAAGGUGAUGGUAUAUAUGCACUUAAUAUACCUGAAGCAUUCUUUCAAAAUUCUGGUCGUUAUGCUGUCAUUGCUGAGAAUCCAGCUGGAAAAUGUAUUUCUUCUGGUUUAUUAACCGUUUUAGAACCAGAAAGACCUUAUCCUCGUGAAUUAGAUAAGUUAUGUCUGAGCCAAUUGACAGUGCAAGUAGAAGGUUUAAAACAAGUUCAUAUACCAUCCCCAGAACCUAAACCAUAUCCGGAGAAGCCAUAUUUCACAAAGACAUUUAGUCCAGAAAUAGAAAUAUGUGAAGGUGAACGAUUGGUUUUAAUAGCUGAAGCUUGCGGCAAUCCAAUACCGUUCAUUAAAUGGUAUCUAAAUGGACAACCUUUAGUUGAUAGCCCAGAUCAUCAACAAACUCAAGUUGGACCACCUGUAUCUGAUGUGAAUGAAUUACAACCUCAUCCGAUAAUAAUGACAGGACAUUUAAUUAUGAAUGAACUAUUCCCAGAAGAUUCUGGUCUUUAUACAUGCAUAGCAGAAAAUAUGGCUGGUCAAGCAGAAGUUAUGGCUAAUAUAAGUGUUAUACCAAAAACCAUAAGCGAUACAAAAAAACCAACUAUUCAACCACCGGAGUUUAUUAAAUUCCCAGAAUCUCCAGUAAGAGUUCAACCUGAUCAAGAAUUGAUACUAGAAGUGGAAGUUAAAGGUUUACCACUAAAUUCAUUGAAUUGGUAUCAUAAUGGAAUGAUUGUGUAUAACAAUCCGAAUCAAUUCAUUCAAAAUAUACCUAAUACAGGGAUUACAAGAUUAAUUAUUCAGCAAAUUCAACCAUAUGAUCAAGGAGAAUGGAUAGUGACAGCUACAAAUCCAGCUGGUUCAUGUUCGAAAUGUCUACAGAUAAUUCGUGAAGAGCCUAUAUCUGUUCUGCCAGAGCCAGUCGUUCAUACUGAAUAUGAAUUGAAAUUAAGUCAUCCAUCUAUGGAUAUCACCGACUUAUCGCAUACAUAUCAACAACAAACAAUAUUUAUACAACCAGAAAUGAUUCCACCCAAUUUCAUUGAACGAUUUCCAAGUGAACUUAAAAUAAAUGAAAAGAUCCCAUUGCAUAUAAAUGGCAGAGUUUAUGGUCAACCCAAACCAAGCGUACAAUGGCUUAAAAAUGGGAAACCAUUGUAUUCAGAUGAAAGGAUACAUUAUCAUGUAUUGGAUAAUGGUGAAGUGAGAUUGGAAAUUACAGAACCUACUGAAACUGAUACUGGAAUUUAUGUAGCAUCGGCGAAAAAUCCUGCUGGAGAAGAUCAUUGUAUUGUUAACCUCUCCGUUGUACCUCUAUCAAGUGUUGCCCCAACUGGUCAACCACCAGUAUUCUGUAGAGGUCCUCUUCCUUGGUCUCCGACAGAAGUUGGUCCAAUAAUCACAUGUCCUGGUGUGUUACAUUUACAAGAAGGUCAGCCUGUUCGCUUAGAAGCUGAAUUAAUCGGGAAACCAAGCCCAACAGUAUCAUGGUUUAUUAAUGGUCGUCCGAUUACCAUGGAUAAAACACACAAGAUCGUCCCCAUGCGUGCAAACGUAUGUUCACUAAUUCUAGAUACACCAGUACCUAACAUUGAUUCUGGUGUCUGUAGUUGUAUUGCUACUAAUCAAUUUGGUCAAGCUGAACUUCGAUUUAAUAUACAUGUCGAAAGUAAGCCACAAACAAUUUCACAGGCUCCUCGGUUCAUACAAAAACCACCCACUCAACUGACAGUACCCCUUAAUGAGGAAGUUACAUUGUAUGCGGUUGCAGAAGGUAUACCACAACCAAUACUAUCAUGGCAUAAAGAUGGAAAGUUAUUCACUGGAACAUCAGAUGGUCGUAUUCAAAUUUUAACAAAUGAAUUAGAGACAACACUUCAUAUUGCAGCUUUACAGUCUGAAGAUUUAAGUACAUGGCAAUGUUUGGCUGCGAAUAUAGCUGGAACUGCUUCAGCAAGAGCAAAAAUUUCAGCACCAAUUGAAGAAAAACCUAGAGAAAUAAUUCGAAAGUUUAGUAUACCAAAGAAACAACCAGAAGGACUACAAGAAAUAACCUCUCCUAAUCCAAUAAUAAUGUCACCACCUCAAUCAGUAUGCAUAAAUGAAGGUGAAAAUGCUCGUUUUACAGCUCAUAUUGUAGCAAAUCCAUCACCAAUUGUAACAUGGUACGUGAAUGGUCAACCUGUACCUUCUUAUGGAGUUAUACAGGCACAACAACCGGAAAGUGAAGAAAUACGAUACAUUAGUAGAUUUGAUGGUUUAAUUUAUUAUCUAGAUAUGCAAAAAUGUAGACCUGAAGAUGCAGGUGAAAUAUUUGUUGUAGCUCAACGAAGUGAUAUUUCACCAGAAUUAGUAAAUAUUGAACCAAAUGCUGUUGUAAGUGCAUCUGCUAAAUUGGAAGUGAUACCAGUAAUUGAUUUACGUGCACAACUUAAACCAAUUCCAAAACCAUCUGUUGAAGUAAUACCUGAAAAAGUUAUACCAAUACAAGAAGGUCCUACAAUGCGUGCACCACGGUUCUUGAAAUUCUUACAACCUCAAACUGUUCCUGAAUCUUCAGAAAUAAUGUUUUCAGUGGAAUUUGAUGGUGAACCAGCACCUGAAGUUAUCUGGACACGUGAACAAGUCGAUAUAAGUAAUAAAGAAAACUAUAAAAUAACAACAACAUCAACAACUAGUCAACUUGUUAUUUCAAAAGUUCUUUUAGAAGAUACAGGAAAUUUCUCAGUUACAUUACGUAAUCCAGCUGGACAAGCUUGUAGUAAAUCAAGGCUUACAGUGACACAAAUUAAAGUGUCAGGAAAAGCACCUGAAUUCAUACCACCCUUAAUAGAAUCACAGAUUGUAGAAACUGGAGAACCAAUCACAUUUGAAUGCAAGGUUACUGGUGAACCAACUCCACAAGUUCAUUGGGAACGAAAUGGAGAACGGUUACCGCUGAAAGACCUUGAACAUAUACGCGUAUUUGAUGCCCCACCAUUUCAUACUCUUGUAUUGUGUGAAACUGUACCAGACGAUUCUGCCGAGUAUCGUUGUGUAGCAAUAAAUGCUCAUGGACAAUCAAUUUGUAAAGCAAAUGUUACUAUACAAGCUAAACCAGCUGCUAUUGUCCCACCAAGAAUUAUUCAAGAACCAAAAAGUGUAACUGUCAUGGAAUCUCAACCGGUUCAACUAAUUGCACUAAUAGAAGGUACACCAAUGCCAGAAAUUACUUGGCUAUUCAAUAAUGAAAUUAUCAAACCAUCACGUUACUUUCUUCCUGAAGUUCGAUCUGAUGGUUAUACAAUACUUAAUAUAUCAAGUGUUUAUCCAGAAGACACUGGAAUUUAUACAGUACGUGCUGUAAAUUCUGGUGGAGAAGCUCAAGCAUCAGUAGAAGUCUCAAUUUCUGCUCCAUUACAAACUGCUCCACAAUUUGUUAAACCUUUACCUACUGAGAGAAUAGAAGUAAAAGAAGGUGAACGAGUAUUCUUAGAAGUUGAAGUUUCAGGAGAACCUAUACCUCAAAUUGAUUGGUAUCUUAACGGUCAAUCUUUACAAUCUGUAUCAAAUUGGAAAAUUAAAACGGAUAGAUAUAUUUCACAAAUUGAAUGUAAUGUAAUCUCCAUGACUGAUGGUGGAGAAAUUCUUGUCAGAGCAACUAAUUCAGUUGGUCAAACAACUACGCAAACAAAAGUGGUGAUAAUCCAAUCAGGACCCAAACCAAGUCCACCAGUUUUUCAAAAACGUCUGCAACCUCAAGUAAAAACACCAGAACAUCACACUGUUACGUUGGUGUGUUCAGUAAAUGGAUAUCCAGAACCAACUUUACGAUGGUUUCAUAAUGGUGUAGAGUUUGAACCAGUUUUAAUAUCAUCCCUUUCUCAUGAAAUGACUGCUAAGAGAGAAUUAUAUAUUGAUGAGGCAACACAUACAUAUACAUUACACAUACAUGAUUUAAAUGCUUUUGAUGUUGGAGAAAUUAUGGUACGUGCAGAAAAUGAACUUGGCAUAACUAUGUGUAGUAGUGUAUUAGAAUUAGAAAUUAUUGAUGGAAAAAUUGUUGAACCACGUUUUAUUCGUCAACCACCAGAAAGAAUUGAAUUACAACCUGGAGAUAGUGCUCAACUAGAAUGUGAAGUGGAAUCACAACCACCUGUUACAUUUAAAUGGUAUUUAAAUGGAUUACAAUUAGAUCAAUCAAAUAAACAAUUUAAACUUCUUGAAGAUAUAAAUCGUACAACUCUUAUUAUUCCAUCUGUUCAAAAAGAUAUUCUUCCUAGUGAAGUAACUAUUGAAGCUGCUGGUCAAACUGGUACAAAAAUUGUGACCUCUUCCAUUCUAGUAAUGACUGCAAAAACAGAUGAUUUAUCAAUGCCUGAACCACCAGAAUUACGUUUUACUCGACAACUUCCAUCAAAUUUAUCAUAUAAUGAAAUGGAUGAAACAAUUAUUCUUGAUGUAGAAAUUGAUAAACCAGAAAUAUCAUCCAUUGAAUUACCUAAACCUACAUUUAGUUGGUAUAUGAAUGGAAUAGAUAUAUUUUUAUUACCACCUGAAAAGAAACCUGAACGUUAUAAUAUAACACAAGAUAAUCCAUGGCAUAGUCGAUUAACUAUUAAUAAACCUGAUACAUUGGAUUCUGGUGAAAUCACUUGCUUUGUAACCCGUUUAACUGGUACAAAAGAAGAGAAAAUCUAUACUACAUGUAAUCUUGAACUUACUUAUCAACCAAUCCAACAAGAAGAACCAUCUAAACCAAUUAUAUCUAAACUUGAAUUUGCACCACAAUUUAUUCAAGGUUUACCAGAAAAAUUAACACCCGAAGUUGGAUCAACUGUAGUCAUGGAUAUUAUAUUAAAAUCAAAUCCAAUACCAGAUAUCCAAUGGGUAAUUAGUUCACCAAUAACAGCUGAACGAUUUGAAUUCUUCGGUCCAGAACAUAUCGACGAUGUCACAUUACAAUAUCGUGCUAUAUUACAUAAUUAUCAACCAGAUAAAGAUGAUAAUACUAUGUUACAAAUUAUAGCUACAUCUCCAUUAGGACAAUCUACAUCAAUUUGUUAUAUUCAACCAAAAGAACAACUAGAAAUUGUCAAUGUACAAUUUGCUAAAACAUUAAAUUCACAAUUAGAAGUUGUAUUAGAUCAAUCAAUUGAAUUAGAAUGUUCUAUUAUACCAACAAAUAUACCUAUUGAAUUUCGUUGGUUUAUUAAAGAUUUAGAAAUUACUUCAGAACAUAAACCAUAUGAAAUAAUAACAACUAAUUAUACAUCAAUAUUAAAAAUUCCUAAAAUUACUACUGAAUUAAUAGAUAGUACUAUUCAAGUAUUAGUAGUAUAUCCAUAUGGUGAAUUAAAAAGUUCUUGUGAAUUAUAUACGAUAUCUGAAAGUCAUUUACCGAUGAUUGAAGAUGUUAUUACUGAAUUACCAACGAUCCCAGAAAUGGUAACCAUUCAAUCAAAACUAAUUGAACAUGAAUAUGAUUUUGAUUUUAUUAAACCAAUUCAUUAUGAAAUACAACAACAUUCAAAUGAUGAAUAUACUUUAGAAUUAGAAUGUCAAUUAAUAACAGAUCAACAACCAGCAUCUAUUAAAUGGAGUCAUGAAGGUGUUGAAUUAAAUAUUUCUGAUCGUAUUGAACAGGUUUAUGAAUAUGAAAGUGGUUUAGCUAAAUUAAUUAUACAUAAUAUUACACCACAAGAUAUGGGUGAAUAUACUUGUAUUGCUACACAAGUUCAACUUCAAUCUUCACAAGUUGAACCAAUACAGAAAACAAUAACUACAAGUACUGUUGUGGAUAUAGAAGUUCCUGAAACGACAGAAGUUGUGCCAACAGUGACUGAGAAGGUUCUCACCUUCUUACAACCAGUAACACCGAAUAUCCACACUGUACAAGACCAUAAGGAUCUUGAACUGGAAUGUCAAAUUCAAGCAGAUUUAAAGCCUAUUGAAGUCGUGUGGGAAGUUGAUGGCAAGGAAUUAACUCAAUCUGAUCGUAAUGAAAUGAUCUAUUUUGAAGAUAGUGGAAUAGCUCGUCUAAUAGUGCAUCAAGUGAUUCCAUCGGAUUCUGGUGAAUACACUUGCAGAGUUCAAGGUGAGGUGGUUGAAGCUGAGACCAAACAACAAAUGACUAAAACAAUUUCAUCUGGCUCAAUUGUUACAAUUGAAGUUCCUGAAACGACAGAAGUUGUGCCAACAGUGACUGAGAAGGUUCUCACCUUCUUACAACCAGUAACACCGAAUAUCCACACUGUACAAGACCAUAAGGAUCUUGAACUGGAAUGUCAAAUUCAAGCAGAUUUAAAGCCUAUUGAAGUCGUGUGGGAAGUUGAUGGCAAGGAAUUAACUCAAUCUGAUCGUAAUGAAAUGAUCUAUUUUGAAGAUAGUGGAAUAGCUCGUCUAAUAGUGCAUCAAGUGAUUCCAUCGGAUUCUGGUGAAUACACUUGCAGAGUUCAAGGUGAGGUGGUUGAAGCUGAGACCAAACAACAAAUGACUAAAACAAUUUCAUCUGGCUCAAUUGUUACAAUUGAAGUUCCUGAAACGACAGAAGUUGUGCCAACAGUAACUGAGAAGGUUCUCACCUUCUUACAACCAGUAACACCGAAUAUCCACACUGUACAAGACCAUAAGGAUCUUGAACUGGAAUGUCAAAUUCAAGCAGAUUUAAAGCCUAUUGAAGUUGUGUGGGAAGUUGAUGGCAAGGAAUUAACUCAAUCUGAUCGUAAUGAAAUGAUCUAUUUUGAAGAUAGUGGAAUAGCUCGUCUAAUAGUGCAUCAAGUGAUUCCAUCGGAUUCUGGUGAAUACACUUGCAGAGUUCAAGGUGAGGUGGUUGAAGCUGAGACCAAACAACAAAUGACUAAAACAAUUUCAUCUGGCUCAAUUGUUACAAUUGAAGUUCCUGAAACGACAGAAGUUGUGCCAACAGUGACUGAGAAGGUUCUCACCUUCUUACAACCAGUAACACCGAAUAUCCACACUGUACAAGACCAUAAGGAUCUUGAACUGGAAUGUCAAAUUCAAGCAGAUUUAAAGCCUAUUGAAGUCGUGUGGGAAGUUGAUGGCAAGGAAUUAACUCAAUCUGAUCGUAAUGAAAUGAUCUAUUUUGAAGAUAGUGGAAUAGCUCGUCUAAUAGUGCAUCAAGUGAUUCCAUCGGAUUCUGGUGAAUACACUUGCAGAGUUCAAGGUGAGGUGGUUGAAGCUGAGACCAAACAACAAAUGACUAAAACAAUUUCAUCUGGCUCAAUUGUUACAAUUGAAGCUGUUGAAAAAGAAGACAACCUUGCUUCUCCAAUUUUUGUUCAGGAAUUAACACCAUUAAAUAUUUCUGAAGGUGAAGAAAUUUAUUUAACAGCUACUGUUAAAGGAAAUCCGCAACCUGUAGAAGUGAUUUGGAAACAUAAUGGAAAUAUACUUCAGCCAGAUAUGACUGAUGCUGUAAUAUUCUAUACUCCUGAAACAGGUGUUUGUGAAUUAACAAUAUCUGAAGCAUUUCCUGAAGAUUCAGGAAUUUAUUCUGUUGAAGUUCAGAAUACUCUUGGUAUGGCUGUUAGUCAAACUGAAGUAGUUGUAUUGGUAGAGGUAAGGAAAGAACAAAUUAUUUUAAAGUCAGAAGAUCAGAAAGCAUCAAUUGUUGAAGAUAUUUUGACUGUUGUUACUGAUAUUUCAGAUGAUAAAGCAGUUGUAUCUACGGUCGAAAGUGUAGAGCUACUUAAACAAGAAGUAAUUGUUAAUAUAGUGCAAACUGAAAAAACAGAAAUGUUUUCACCGAUUGAAACUCUUCCAGAAAUACCGCAAGCGGCGAUUUAUGAACAUAUCAUAGAGGAGACUGAAUACGAAAUAAGUUUGGAAGAACCGUUAGAGAUUAGUGAUGAUGAGUUAUUACUCGAUGAAGGAGUUACACCGACUCAUGUGGUUGUAUUAGAUGUUCUUAUACCCCAUGAUUCCGUAAGCAUUGAUGAAACAAGUAUAAGCGUAGAGGAAGCUGGCAGGGCUCUGUCAAUCCCAAGUGUAACUGAAAUUUCCUUACAUGACGUUUCUUUAGCCGCAGUUUCAGAUGUAAAUGUAACAGAAUUAAAACCUCUAGACGCCAAUGUAUUAACACAGGAAGAAAAACAAGAAAUGCCUGAAAAAGAAUAUCCAAUUCAAACGAAUGAUAUUACGGGUGAAGAAACAUCUGACAAACAAAAGAAAAAUGAAAUUCAAACCGAACAAACUGAAAUGACAGAGGUAAGCACAAACAAUGAACUCGAAAAAAACAAAACCACUAAAAUAGAAGAAGAACGCCAAGCCACGAAGAUAUUUGAAACAGAUGAAAAACAAACUGAGAAGGUGAAAUAUGAAAAGAUCACCGUGAACGAGACCUUAGUGGAAACAGAAAAAGUCCCGGUCUCAAUUGUGAGCGAAGGAGUGGUAGAGGUAACGGACGUGAAGAGCACAGUUGGAGUGGCAGAGGAAUCUGGUAGUGUGGCGGAACAGGAGACUUUGGUUGUGGAGCAGGUGGCGGAAUCCAAGGAGACUGUGACUGUUACGAUGGAGGAGCGCAUUGUACAGGAGGUGGAGAAGGAGUCCGUCCCAGAGACCAUGGAGUGGGUUUCAGAGGGUGUUGGUGAGUUGGAGGAAUCCGACCGUCAGGAUAGUGCUCAUGUUGUGGAGCAGCCGAAUGAAGUAGAUGUUGCAGUUUCUGAAACGCAAGUGGAGGUGGAGACUGUUGAGGUGGUGUCAGUGAAGGAGGCUGUGGUGGACGAGGUCCCAGUGGAAUCGAUGACAGUCUCGGUCUCAGGUGUGACGGAGGAGAAGAGCGUGGUCUCAGUGACAGAAGACUUUGCCAUGGAGGUAGAGCAGGUGACUUUGACCAUGGAUGAGGUUCCGUCUCGUAUGGAAUCCCUGACGUCCUCAGCUGAAGAACGUGUUGUCAGUGAGGCUGUUCCACUGGAGGAGACGGUUUAUGAUGUGUAUGAAACGGAAGAGGUUGAAGCUGUAACACGCCCCACCACUGACGCUGUCGCUUCUGGUGUUGUCUCCUCGACUACUCCUUCUCUGUCUGACGUUGUCAGUGUUGAAGAAGUUCCUUCCGAGCAGGUAACGGAAGUCGGAGACACAGUGACCGAGAAGACCGCCGAGGUCAUUGUUCAAGAAGGGAAGGAGUCUGUGUCACAGACCAUGGAGUGGGUUUCAGAGGGUGUUUGUGAAUUGGAGGAAUCCGACCGUCAGGAUAGUGCCUGUGUUGUGGAGCAGCCGAGUGAAGUAAGUGUGGCCGUUUCUGAAAAGCCCAUGGAACUGGAGGCACGUGAGGAGGUCUCUGUGAAGGAGGUCGUGGUCGACAAGACCCCAGUGGAAUCGGAGACAGUCCCGGUCUCAAUUGUGAGCGAAGGAGUGGUAGAGGUAACGGACGUGAAGAGCACAGUUGGAGUGGCAGAGGAAUCUGGUAGUGUGGCGGAACAGGAGACUUUGGUUGUGGAGCAGGUGGCGGAAUCCAAGGAGACUGUGACUGUUACGAUGGAGGAGCGCAUUGUACAGGAGGUGGAGAAGGAGUCCGUCCCAGAGACCAUGGAGUGGGUUUCAGAGGGUGUUGGUGAGUUGGAGGAAUCCGACCGUCAGGAUAGUGCUCAUGUUGUGGAGCAGCCGAAUGAAGUAGAUGUUGCAGUUUCUGAAACGCAAGUGGAGGUGGAGACUGUUGAGGUGGUGUCAGUGAAGGAGGCUGUGGUGGACGAGGUCCCAGUGGAAUCGAUGACAGUCUCGGUCUCAGGUGUGACGGAGGAGAAGAGCGUGGUCUCAGUGACAGAAGACUUUGCCAUGGAGGUAGAGCAGGUGACUUUGACCAUGGAUGAGGUUCCGUCUCGUAUGGAAUCCCUGACGUCCUCAGCUGAAGAACGUGUUGUCAGUGAGGCUGUUCCACUGGAGGAGACGGUUUAUGAUGUGUAUGAAACGGAAGAGGUUGAAGCUGUAACACGCCCCACCACUGACGCUGUCGCUUCUGGUGUUGUCUCCUCGACUACUCCUUCUCUGUCUGACGUUGUCAGUGUUGAAGAAGUUCCUUCCGAGGUAAAACCUCCAGAAUGUCCAAAGCUGACUGCUCCUUCAACUCCUGUCAAUAUAAAAAUUGUUAUAACACCACCAGAAAGUUCAUCUUCAAAACCUAAACUUCAUAUAACAUGGCAACAACCUGAUAAUAUUCCAGUUACUAAUUUUUAUAUAGAAUUAAAACCAUCAAAUUCUAAAACAUGGCAAAAUGUAUCUGCUGAUUUUACUAUUACUGAACCUGAUACAAUAUUAUCAACUGAUAAUUUACAAGAAUUUGUUAGUUAUGAAUUUCGUGUUAUUGCUGAAAAUGAAGCAGGCAAAAGUGUACCAUCAUUACCAUCCAAUUCAAUUGAAUUAGGUAUACCGCUAGAAUUCAUUCGCCCGUUGACGAAUAUAACUGUCAGCUCAGUGACAAAUGAACCAGUCAUACUUGAAUGUGAACUAUCUCGAACUCCACGUGACAAGAUCCAAUGGUUCAAGGAUGGGAAAGCACUACCCAGCAGACUGUCGAGUAGAAUAAAAGUUGAAGAGUUGGAGAAUGGAAAAGUUCACCGAAUUAUCUUCAGUCCAUUGACAGAGGAAGAUCUAGGUUAUUAUUCUGUGAAAGUAGAGAAUUUGACAAGUGAAGCACGAGUGGAUAUGAAGAUUGCGCCAACAUUGAAGCUGUCGGAAUCAUUCUCUGACAAAGUCAUCAUGAAAGCUGGAGAGGCGGCCGUUUUCGAAAUACCAUUCGUCGCCAGUCCGAAACCGACAGUGACCUGGUCAUGGAGGCCAAGAACACGUCCUGAUGCGGAGUUGGGAUCAGCUCAGACUCCACGAUUUAAGGCUGACGUGGUGUCCGGACUGACAUCACUUCCAGUGAGUAAGGUGAAGCGUGAGGAUGCUGGUGAGUACAGUGUGGUCAUCAGUAAUGAAUUGGGCGAGGUGACUGUGAGUAUUGAGUUGAUUGUAUUGGACAAACCGUCAGUACCUCGUAAUUUAAUGGCGAGUGAGAACACUGGUGAGAGCGUUUUGUUCAGUUGGACGGAACCAGAAUUCCUCGGUCUUCAUCCUGAUGUAGGAGUUAGUGAUGGCUUGAGUUACGUUGUGGAGAUGCGUGAGUCAAAUCAACGUGCGAGUAGGUCGGUGACAGUGACGAGUGAAUUGAAUACUGUUAUAGACAAACUGCAAGUGAACAAGUCGUAUGUGUUUAGUGUUGCAGCUAAAAAUGAUGUCGGUCAGUCGGAAUUCGCUGAAACGAGUCCAGUUUCGACGAAGUUGGAAUAUGGUCCACCACCGAGUCCAGUCAAUGUGAAGGCAGUGGUCAAUCCAGAGAAGGCGUCUAUCAAAGAUCAAACGAUAGAAUUGACGUGGGAACAACCAACCGACCAAGUGUCUGCCAGUGGACCGGUCACAAACUUCUACAUCGAAUUGAAGCCUGAAGACUCAACUCGAUGGCAGGACGUGAGUGCCGACUUCACAAUCACUGAACCACACUUCACACUUCCUACUGAUAAAUUGCAAGAGUUUGUGAGUUAUGAGUUCCGUGUAACAGCAGAGAAUAAAGCUGGCAAGAGUAAACCUUCUUCACCAUCGAACGCUGUUCAACUAGGUAUACCGCUAGAAUUCAUUCGCCCGUUGACGAAUAUAACUGUCAGCUCAGUGACAAAUGAACCAGUCAUACUUGAAUGUGAACUAUCUCGAACUCCACGUGACAAGAUCCAAUGGUUCAAGGAUGGGAAAGCACUACCCAGCAGACUGUCGAGUAGAAUAAAAGUUGAAGAGUUGGAGAAUGGAAAAGUUCACCGAAUUAUCUUCAGUCCAUUGACAGAGGAAGAUCUAGGUUAUUAUUCUGUGAAAGUAGAGAAUUUGACAAGUGAAGCACGAGUGGAUAUGAAGAUUGCGCCAACACUGAAGCUGUCGGAAUCAUUCUCUGACAAAGUCAUCAUGAAAGCUGGAGAGGCGGCCGUUUUCGAAAUACCAUUCGUCGCCAGUCCGAAACCGACAGUGACCUGGUCAUGGAGGCCAAGAACACGUCCUGAUGCGGAGUUGGGAUCAGCUCAGACUCCACGAUUUAAGGCUGACGUGGUGUCCGGACUGACAUCACUUCCAGUGAGUAAGGUGAAGCGUGAGGAUGCUGGUGAGUACAGUGUGGUCAUCAGUAAUGAAUUGGGCGAGGUGACUGUGAGUAUUGAGUUGAUUGUAUUGGACAAACCGUCAGUACCUCGUAAUUUAAUGGCGAGUGAGAACACUGGUGAGAGCGUUUUGUUCAGUUGGACGGAACCAGAAUUCCUCGGUCUUCAUCCUGAUGUAGGAGUUAGUGUUGGCUUGAGUUACGUUGUGGAGAUGCGUGAGUCAAAUCAACGUGCGAGUAGGUCGGUGACAGUGACGAGUGAAUUGAAUACUGUUAUAGACAAACUGCAAGUGAACAAGUCGUAUGUGUUUAGUGUUGCAGCUAAAAAUGAUGUCGGUCAGUCGGAAUUCGCUGAAACGAGUCCAGUUUCGACGAAGUUGGAAUAUGGUCCACCACCGAGUCCAGUCAAUGUGAAGGCAGUGGUCAAUCCAGAGAAGGCGUCUAUCAAAGAUCAAACGAUAGAAUUGACGUGGGAACAACCAACCGACCAAGUGUCUGCCAGUGGACCGGUCACAAACUUCUACAUCGAAUUGAAGCCUGAAGACUCAACUCGAUGGCAGGACGUGAGUGCCGACUUCACAAUCACUGAACCACACUUCACACUUCCUACUGAUAAAUUGCAAGAGUUUGUGAGUUAUGAGUUCCGUGUAACAGCAGAGAAUAAAGCUGGCAAGAGUAAACCUUCUUCACCAUCGAACGCUGUUCAACUAGGCAUUCCACUCGAAUUUGUACGACCACUUACUGACUUGACUGUUGACAAAGUAACCAAUGAACCAGUCAUCCUUGAGUGUGAACUAUCUCGCACUCCUCGUGAUAAAGUACAAUGGUUGAAAGAUGGGAAACCUAUUGGUCGUCUACCUGAUCGUAUGACAAUUGAAGAAUUGGAGAAUGGAAAAAUCCAUCGUGUGAAGUUCACUUCAUUAAUGGAUGAUGAUUUGGGUGUAUAUAGUUUACGUGUUGAGAAGUUAUCUAGUGAAUGUCGACUAGAUAUGAAAGUACCCCCAACAUUGAGAUUAUCCGAUUCGUUCUCCGAUCGAGUGAUCAUCAAGGCUGGAGGUGCUAUGGUGUUCGAAAUACCAUUCACUGCCAGCCCUAAACCAAAAGUCGAAUGGACAUGGAGACAACGAAGUCGACCAGAUGGUGAAUUGGGACCGGUACAGAGUCCACGAUUCAAGCCUGACGUGGUAUCCGGAUUGACUUCAUUGCCUGUGAGUAAGGUGAAGCGUGAGGAUGCCGGAGACUACACAGUGGUGAUCAGUAACGAGUUGGGUGAAGUGUCUGUGACUAUUCAGAUGAUUGUAAUUGACAAGCCAUCUGUACCUCGUGAUUUGGAGGUGAUUGAGAACAGUGGUGAGAGUGUGUUGUUGAGUUGGAAGGAGCCGGAAUUCGUUGGUUUGUCGUCGACGACGACGACGGAUGUGAGUGUGAGUGGUGUUGGUGGAUUGUUGGAGUAUGUGGUUGAGAUGCGUGAGUCUAGUCAACGUGCUGGUCGUGGAGUGAGUAAGACGAGUGAAUUGAGUAUGAGGAUUGACGGUCUUCAGAUCAACAAGUCGUAUGUGUUUAGUGUUGCAGCGAAGAAUGAUGUUGGUCAAUCAGAGUUUGCAGAAACGAAACCAGUUUCAACUAAAUUAGAUUAUAGUCCACCACCGAGUCCAGUCAAUGUGAAGGCAGUGGUCAAUCCAGAGAAGGCGUCUAUCAAAGAUCAAACGAUAGAAUUGACGUGGGAACAACCAACCGACCAAGUGUCUGCCAGUGGACCGGUCACAAACUUCUACAUCGAAUUGAAGCCUGAAGACUCAACUCGAUGGCAGGACGUGAGUGCCGACUUCACAAUCACUGAACCACACUUCACACUUCCUACUGAUAAAUUGCAAGAGUUUGUGAGUUAUGAGUUCCGUGUAACAGCAGAGAAUAAAGCUGGCAAGAGUAAACCUUCUUCACCAUCAAAUGCAAUACGAUUGGGCAUUCCACUCGAAUUUGUACGACCACUUACUGACUUGACUGUUGACAAAGUAACCAAUGAACCAGUCAUCCUUGAGUGUGAACUAUCUCGCACUCCUCGUGAUAAAGUACAAUGGUUGAAAGAUGGGAAACCUAUUGGUCGUCUACCUGAUCGUAUGACAAUUGAAGAAUUGGAGAAUGGAAAAAUCCAUCGUGUGAAGUUCACUUCAUUAAUGGAUGAUGAUUUGGGUGUAUAUAGUUUACGUGUUGAGAAGUUAUCUAGUGAAUGUCGACUAGAUAUGAAAGUUCCACCAACAUUGAGAUUAUCCGAUUCGUUCUCCGAUCGAGUGAUCAUCAAGGCUGGAGGUGCUAUGGUGUUCGAAAUACCAUUCACUGCCAGCCCUAAACCAAAAGUCGAAUGGACAUGGAGACAACGAAGUCGACCAGAUGGUGAAUUGGGACCGGUACAGAGUCCACGAUUCAAGCCUGACGUGGUAUCCGGAUUGACUUCAUUGCCUGUGAGUAAGGUGAAGCGUGAGGAUGCCGGAGACUACACAGUGGUGAUCAGUAACGAGUUGGGUGAAGUGUCUGUGACUAUUCAGAUGAUUGUAAUUGACAAGCCAUCUGUACCUCGUGAUUUGGAGGUGAUUGAGAACAGUGGUGAGAGUGUGUUGUUGAGUUGGAAGGAGCCGGAAUUCGUUGGUUUGUCGUCGACGACGACGACGGAUGUGAGUGUGAGUGGUGUUGGUGGAUUGUUGGAGUAUGUGGUUGAGAUGCGUGAGUCUAGUCAACGUGCUGGUCGUGGAGUGAGUAAGACGAGUGAAUUGAGUAUGAGGAUUGACGGUCUUCAGAUCAACAAGUCGUAUGUGUUUAGUGUUGCAGCGAAGAAUGAUGUUGGUCAAUCAGAGUUUGCAGAAACGAAACCAGUUUCAACUAAAUUAGAUUAUGGACCACCUCAGAGUCCAGUCAAUGUGAAGGCAGUGGUCAAUCCAGAGAAGGCGUCUAUCAAAGAUCAAACGAUAGAAUUGACGUGGGAACAACCAACCGACCAAGUGUCUGCCAGUGGACCGGUCACAAACUUCUACAUCGAAUUGAAGCCUGAAGACUCAACUCGAUGGCAGGACGUGAGUGCCGACUUCACAAUCACUGAACCACACUUCACACUUCCUACUGAUAAAUUGCAAGAGUUUGUGAGUUAUGAGUUCCGUGUAACAGCAGAGAAUAAAGCUGGCAAGAGUAAACCUUCUUCACCAUCGAACGCUGUUCAACUAGAUGGUUUGCAUUCCGUUUUAAAGUAUAUUCCUUUAAGUGGUGAUCAUAUUCUUAUUCAAAUAGAGCUACAACUUUCAGUGAAUCUUACUGUUAUUAUUAAAAUUGCUUUAUCACCAUUAAGAACACUGUGUAUUCCACUACAAUUUGUUCGUCCGUUGAUUGAUGUUACUAUCAAUGAAGUUAACGAAAAACCAGUUCUAUUAGAAUGUGAAUUAUCACGUUCACCACGUGAUAAGGUACAAUGGUUAAAAGACGGUAAAACUCUAAGUCGUUUACCAAACCAUGUAUCAAUUGAAGAAUCAAGUGACAAUAAAAUUCACUCAAUUAAGUUUCGUUCAUUAACUGAGGACGAUUUGGGCAUCUAUACGAUAAAAGUAGAAAAGUUGUCAAGUGAGGCGAAAUUGUCAAUGAAAGUUCCACCAACAUUGAGAUUAUCCGAUUCGUUCUCCGAUCGAGUGAUCAUCAAGGCUGGAGGUGCUAUGGUGUUCGAAAUACCAUUCACUGCCAGCCCUAAACCAAAAGUCGAAUGGACAUGGAGACAACGAAGUCGACCAGAUGGUGAAUUGGGACCGGUACAGAGUCCACGAUUCAAGCCUGACGUGGUAUCCGGAUUGACUUCAUUGCCUGUGAGUAAGGUGAAGCGUGAGGAUGCCGGAGACUACACAGUGGUGAUCAGUAACGAGUUGGGUGAAGUGUCUGUGACUAUUCAGAUGAUUGUAAUUGACAAGCCAUCUGUACCUCGUGAUUUGGAGGUGAUUGAGAACAGUGGUGAGAGUGUGUUGUUGAGUUGGAAGGAGCCGGAAUUCGUUGGUUUGUCGUCGACGACGACGACGGAUGUGAGUGUGAGUGGUGUUGGUGGAUUGUUGGAGUAUGUGGUUGAGAUGCGUGAGUCUAGUCAACGUGCUGGUCGUGGAGUGAGUAAGACGAGUGAAUUGAGUAUGAGGAUUGAUGGUCUUCAGAUCAACAAGUCGUAUGUGUUUAGUGUUGCAGCGAAGAAUGAUGUUGGUCAAUCAGAGUUUGCAGAAACGAAACCAGUUUCAACUAAAUUAGAUUAUGGACCUCCAACUCCUCCAUUGAAUGUUACUGCAUCUGUAUCUCCAUCAUGUGCUGAACCAGAAGAUCAAAUAAUAACCGUAAAUUGGUUCGAAUCUGAGACAGCAACAAGAACAACAACAUCCACUGGAUCAGCUCCACUUUAUUACACUGUAGAGUAUAGAAUAGAUGAAGGACGUGUUUGGAAUAAAUUAAUCUGUGGUAAAGAAAUUACUGAUACGAAAUUAGACUUUCCUCCAAUUAAAGAAAACAUGACUGCUGGUAAAUCAUAUGACUUUCGAGUUAUAGCUGUUAAUAAAGCUGGUACAAGUGAACCAUCAAAACCAUCGAAUUCAAUUCAACUAGGUGUACUGCUUGAAUUUAUACGUCCAUUAGAAGAUUUAAUUAUCACUAAUAUUGAACCAAUUGAAUAUAAAUUAGAAUGUGAAUUAUCGCGUAAACCAAGAACAAUGAUUGCAUGGACAAAAGAUAAUAAACCAUUAAUUAUAAGAUCAGAUGAUGCACAUAUGAAAUUUAUUGAUCAAGGCACAAUUCAAUCCAUUCAUUUUACUAAUUUAAUUGAUACAGAUAUUGGUGAUUAUGCAAUACAAGUAGAGAAUAUUACAUCCAAAUGUAAAUUAGAAAUUAAAGCUCCACCAACAAUUCGAAUAUCUGAUCAAUUUGAAGAUCAUAUUACUUUAAAGGCUGGUACUUCGAAAAUCUUAGAAAUUCCAUUUACAUCAUCACCAAAACCUAAAAUUAAAUGGACAUGGGCACCAUGUACUGAUUUAACUCAAGAACAAACUCCUAGAUUUAAACCAGAUAUAGUUGCUGGUUUAACUACAUUACCAUUAAGUCGAGUAAAACGUGAAGAUAGUGGAGCAUAUAAAGUUACAAUAACAAAUGAUCUUGGUGAAAUUUCUAUAACAAUUCAUGUUAUGGUCAUUGAUAAACCAUCUCCACCAAGAAAUCUUACAAUAACUGAUACUACAGAACAAUCAAUUAUGUUUAAUUGGGAUAUACCAGUUAAUGUAAAUGAAAAUGAAUCUUUAGAAUAUGUUGUUAAUUAUCGAGAUGCAACUAAAUAUUCAAGUCAACCAAUUAAUGUUUGUAUAACCAGAGAAUUGAAAACAUUGAUAGAUGGUCUUAAACUGGGAUCUCAAUAUAUAUUCUCAGUUUGUGCACGUAAUGAAGUUGGUGAUUCCGCAUUUGCUGAUAGUCAGUCUUUCUUAAUAAAGUAUUCUUUUGACCCACCUGAAGCUCCAGGAAUACCUCAGGUUACAAUAUUAGAAAGUGGUCGCGUUUCACUGGAAUGGACACCUCCUACAUCAGACGGUGGUUCUCCCAUCACAGAAUAUCUCAUUGAAAGCAUGGAUGAACGUCCAAUUGUAAAAGGUCAGCGCCGUACAUCGACCUACGGUUCACGAGCACAAUGGAAUUCACUCACUUCAGGAGUUAUAUUUGAACCUAAUGUCCAACCGAAAGCUACAGUAACUGGUUUAUCUCCUGAUAAGCAAUAUACAUUCCGUGUAUGUGCUGUUAAUAAAGCUGGUAAAGGGCCAUUUAGUCCAUCGUCAGAAUCUUGUUUACCCUUAAUGAAACCUCCUAAAGUUCCUGGAAAACCUGGUCCUAUAACCGUCGAACCUUUAAAUGAAACAAGCGUUAAUUUAACUUGGACACCUGGUACUGUAAAUGAAGACUUUGGACCAGCUGAUUAUUAUGUCAUUGAAGCUUAUGAAGAUGAUGGUAAUGAUUGGAAAGAAGUUGGAAAAACAACCAAACCAGAUGAUUGUAACUUGAAUGUGAACAAUUUAGACAGUUCAACACGUUAUCAGUUUCGUGUUCGCGGAGUGAAUAAGGAAGGUGUUGGUGAACCAUCAAAACCAUCAGAAAGGGUUUGCUUAAAGAAAGAUGCUCCAUUAGUUAUCAUCAAAGAAUUAGAAUCAAUUCAUUUAAAAGAAAUUCCUCAAACAAUUGAAUUCGAAUGUCAUCUUUCUAAAUUACCACAAAAAGUUCAAUGGUUCUCUAAUGGUAAACGUAUAGAUACAUCAAAUUUACGUAAAUAUCAUCUAAUUGAUGAUGGUAAAAUACAAAAACUAGAAGUAUUCAAGAUUACAUUAGAUGAUAUUGGUGAAUAUUCUAUUAAAAUUGAUAAAUUAGAAUCAAAAGCAACAUUUGAAAUUGAAUUACCACCUAAAAUUUGUCUACCAGAUGAUUUCACUGAUACAAUCGUACUUGCUCAGGGAAGUAAUCGUAAUAUAGAGAUACCAUUUACUUCUUGUCCACCUGCUACUAGUAUUGUUUGGUAUUGGAAUGGUAGUCGUACAUUGCCUGAUCCAACAAAACGCACUGUUCCAGAUAAUGAUUCAAGGCGUCAAGCAGUACUUCGUCUUACUGCAUUACAAGUUUCUGAUGCUGGAAUUUAUGAAGCUAUUAUCACCAAUCCAUAUGGAGAAGCUAAAGCAUCCAUAACAUUGAAAGUUCUUGGAGUACCUGGCCCAGUAACAUCAUUAGAAGCACAUGUUGAGUCACCUACAGAAGUAUCUGUAUUAUGGAAACCACCUGAAGAUGAUGGUGGUAGCCCAUUGACAGGAUACAAAAUUGAACAACGUCAAUUGGCUCCUGAACCUGGAGGUGUUUUACGUUCUCAGGCUAAAGAGUGGAAGUCAAUUGCAAAUAUUAGUUCAAAAUCGAAAACAUCUGAUGACGAAGAACCAUUUGUACAUCGUAUCACAGGAUUAACUGAAGGAGCUACUUAUUUGUUUGGUGUUUAUGCAGUUAAUGAUUGUGGAAGUGGACCAAGGAAAGAAAUUUCCGAUGGCUUAUUAAUGAAAUCUCCUUAUGAUAUUCCGGAAAUUCCAAAACAACUUACUGCCAAACCAAUAAAUCAUUCCACUAUUGAAUUAGAAUUCAAAUUACCAGUGACUCAUGUGGAAGCACCUUUAACUAGUGUAAUUGUUGAAUAUCGUCCUAAGAAUGUAUCAAGAUGGAAGACUCAAACAUUUGAACCAUGUUCUAUGGUACAAAUUGAUAAACUUGAAGCAAAUACAGAAUAUGAAUUUUGUGUAAGCUGUACUAAUUUAGCUGGAAAAAGUGAAUCAUCAAAUCCUGUUAAAGCUAAAACAAAACAAUUGCCAAAACCUCCCGAUGCUCCAAAGCUUGACAAUGUUACACCAGUCAAUACAAACUCAGUAAAAGUUAAUUGGUUUUCUCCAACAAAUGAUGGUGAUAGUCCAAUUACAUCAUAUCAAAUAGAAAUGUGUGAUGCUAAAAAUACUACUGAAAUAUGGAAAUCGAUUGAUGCUUUAAACAUAGAUCGUGUAGAUCAAAGUCUACUAACUCCAGAUGAACAAAAGUCAUAUGAGUUAAUUGUGAAAAAUUUAGACAAUUCUAAAUCUUUCAAAUUUCGUGUUAUCGCUAUGAAUAGUAUAGGACCAAGUAAACCAUCUAGAAGUUCACAACCUGUUACACCUGGUAUUGAAGUCAGUAUUAUUCAACCCCUGAACAAUGUUUGUUUUGAUGAAAUACCAAAAUCUGGAACAAAUAUUGAAUUAGAAUGUGAAUUAAGUCAAUCUAAUUGUCGAAUUAAUUGGUUAUAUAAUGAAAAACCAAUUAUAUUGGGUGAAAAAUAUGAUUUCUCUCCGGAAGGAAAUAUUUAUCGAUUAAUUAUUAAUAAUAUAACACUUGAUGAUAUGGGAGUUUAUGAAUUGAAUUAUAAAAAGUUAAAAACACAAUGUAAAGUGGAAGCUAAAAUUCCACCAACACUUCUUGAAGAUACUGAAGAAAGUCAUACACGUCGUGUUAAUGUUGGUUCAAAUUGUGUAUUUGAAGUACCAUUUAAAGCUUAUCCAAAACCUAUAAUCAAAUGGCUUGCUCAAGGUAUACCUGUAACUGAUAAAACGAAACGUUAUCAAAUCAAUAUAGUAGCUGGUUUAACAUCAUUAUCUAUACAACGUGUACAAAAUGAUGAUACUGGUCAAUUAGUUGCUAUGAUUGAAAAUGAACAUGGAAAGUUAACAUGGAAAUGUGAAUUAAUUGUUAUUGAUAAACCGAAGCCUGUUGAAAAUUUAAAUGUUACCCCAAGUACAGAUCAAUUACAUAUGAUUAUUAGUUGGAAACCCCCGCGUAAAGAUAUCAAUAAUCCAAUCACACAUUAUGAAUUAGAAUAUCGUAAUUCAAAAAAUCGAUCAUGGCAACUAUUUAAAAAUGAUACCUUAGAUACUAAUGAUGAUUCCUAUAAAAUACCAAAUGAUUUAACAAAAUUGGAAAUGAAUAUAACCGAUAAAGAAACUAUGAAUAGUUUAGCAUCCAAUACAGAUUAUUAUUUUCGUAUAGUAACUGUGAAUACAGUUGGAAAAAGUGAACCAACUGAAACAUAUUCAUCCAUUAAAACACCAUUAUUACCAAAACCACCGAAAUUGAAAUAUGAUACAACUUUGGAAAUGUGUAAAACAACCGCUGGACAAAAGCAUUCUAUACCCGUUAGUGUAGAAGGUGAACCAUCUCCACAAAUAAACUGGAAAUUUAUUCCUGACGGUCAACCGAGCGAUGAGAAAACUUCACUUCCUAGCGAUGCACAAACAGAAGCAUCUGGUCCUGACCAAGAUGGUGUGAAUAAGAUUGCUUUGAAAUUCCGAAAAAUAUCACGAUCAUGUGAUGGCACAUAUAUUUUAACAGCUGUAAAUAGUGGUGGUGAAGCUCGUGCUGAAUUUCGUGUAACUGUGUUAGGUUUACCAAGUGCACCACAAAAUCUUAUUGCAACAAAUCUAUCAAAAACUUCAAUUCGUCUAAAUUGGUUACCACCUAAUGAUAAUGGAGGUAGUCAAAUAUUAAAUUAUGUUAUAGAACAAGCUGUAGUCAAAAGUAAUCUUGCUACGCCAUCUAGUGUAGGUUAUUGGGAACCAGUAACACGUAAUCUUCCAAUACAUGAAGCAUCUGAUGGUUCUACAGGAUAUAUUUAUGAUAUUAUUAAUUUAGCAUCAGAAAAAUAUAUGCUUUUUAGAGUAGCAGCUCAAAAUAAACAAGGAAUUGGUGAAUAUGAAGCGAUUACAAAUCCUCUUUUAGUUACAUCACCACAUAAUUUACCUGGACCACCAAAAUAUUUAAAUGGUACAACUGAUAAAGAUGGACAAGUUCAUUUAGAAUGGAAACCUCCACAACAAGAUGGUGGUGCUAAAAUUAUAAAUUAUAUUAUAGAAAAAUGUUCAUCAUUAAAAGAUGCUAAUUGGUCUGAGAUUAAACUUCCUGAUUCACCUAAUACAAUCAGAAUUAUACCGAAUCUUAGAGAUGGUAUUUGCUACUUCCGUGUAUCAGCUGUCAAUGAUGCUGGAAAAGGUUCACCAUCUAAUAUCAUAAAUGUCGAUGUGAAGAAAGGCUCUGAUAAACCUGAUCAACCAGGUCAACCAACUGUGGAAGUAAUUGCAGAUGGUGCUGUUCAAUUGCGUUGGUCACAACCAUUAAAUGAAGGUACUGGUGGACCGAUAAAAGGCUAUGAAGUACAAAUUUGUGAAGUUGGUUCAAUUAAAUGGAAACCUACUUCAUCUGAUUUAUGCUCAGAGAAUGAAAUUCGUUUAACUGGGUUAAAUCCAGCACAAGAUUAUUUAUUUAGAGUAGUUGCAGUUAAUGAUGCUGGAUUAAGUUUACCAUCUGAACCCAGCAGACCUAUUCGUCCAGCUACUGAUGUGGAUUUUGUUCGUCAGUUGGAGAAUCAAUCUAUUACAGAGUUACCAUCUGAUGUUGUAUUUGAAUGUGAACUCUCUCGUCCUGGUAUGACAUUGAUAUGGUCUAAAGAUGGACGUGAUAUAAAUUUAUCAUCACGGUGUGUGUAUAACGUUAUUGGAGAAGGUGAUAAAGCUUUUUGUAUUCAUCGACUAACUCUAAUAAAGGUUAGUCCAGAUGAACAAGGUGUAUAUAGUGCGAGAUUAGUAACUGGAAAAAAAACUGAAGCCAUAUUGACAAUUGAAUGCCCACCAAAAAUACUAUAUGAUGGACCAUUAGAAAUACAAUUACUUAGUGGCAAAAGUACAGUGAUUGAAGUACCAUAUACUGGUGCACCAUUCCCAGACGUCAAUUGGUCAUUUAAUCACGGACCAUUAACGAUUGGAGCAAAACGUGAAUCUCCUAUUGCAUCAGUAGAUACAGUGUAUGGAUUAACAUGUUUGCGUCUGCGUCAUGUUACAGGCGAAAUUACUGGAAAUUACAAACUUUUGAUAAGUAAUGAGCUGGGAAAGGCAACUUUAGAACUUAUUGUGAAAGUUCUAGAUGUUCCAGGACCUGUUCGUCAAUUGAAGGCAACAGUUCAAAACCAACCGUCUGGUACUGCAUUACUCACAUGGCAAGCACCAAAAGAGGAGGGUGGUUCACCAAUACUUGGUUAUCUUGUCGAAAAACGUGAAGCAAAUAAACGUAGUUGGACACCAUUUGGCUCUCAAGUUAAAGAAUUAAGCUGUACAGUUGAUGGUUUAACGACUAAUACAGGUUAUUUCUUCAGAGUUAUGGCUCGAAAUAUAUCAGGCUGCUCUGAGCCAACAGAAACCGAUAUAUCAGUAGUCAUACCAUGUUUAACAAAACCUCCAUCGGCUCCAGGGACACCAGAAGCAAGUGAUAUUGGUACGGAUUCAUGUCGAGUCAGUUGGGAACCACCCAGUUCUGAUGGUGGUGCUCGACUGACAUUUUAUCAUUUAGAGAAAAGAGCAAAUCUUAAAGGUAAUUGGGUAAGAGCUUGUGCGGAUAAAUUACCUAUUUUGGCGAAUGAAGUAAAAUCUACCUAUGUGACAAAAGUAACUGGACUCGUACCAGAUAAUGUCUACGAAUUUCGUGUAGCAGCUGAAAAUGCUGAUUUCAUGGUUGGUGAAUACUCGAAUUCAAGUCAUAGAAUUUCAACUCAGCUACCAUUCUCUGUACCGGGUAAACCUUCAAGACCUGAAAUUCAGAAUAUUACAGAAACAACUAUUGGUUUAGCUUGGAAAGCACCAUAUGAUGAUGGAGGAGAUUCAGUGAAAAAAUAUGUUGUUCAAUAUAAGACUACAUCAUCAAAUGAAUGGAAAACAGUCAGUGAAAUGCCCGUUGAUCUGGAAUUUACUGUAGCUCAUUUACAAUCAAAUGAACAAUAUGAGUUUCGUGUAGCAGCUAUCAAUUCAGCUGGUCAAGGACCAUGGUCUGAUACAUCAGAACCAUGUAAUCCAGCUAAAGCUAUCGAAUCUUCUAAACCUUCAUUAGUCAAUCCUUUAAGUAAUGUAACAGUAUUAGUUGGUCAGUCUGUGGAAUUGAAUUGUGAUUUUCAAUUAGGUGAACCAAAAGGAAAUGUUACUUGGUUUAAAGACGGCAAACCAAUAAGAAGUCAAGUCAAGUAUUCAACAAGUUCAGCAUGGGAACGCAGAGCCAAUUUAAAAAUAAAUCGUACUAAAUUAGAAGAUGCUGGUGUAUUUAGUUGUGUAGCAGAGAAUCCAUCGGGUAAAGUUGAAACAACAUGUCGUGUAAUUGUAGCUCAAAAACCUAUUUUGAAUCUUGAAUUAGAUAAAUCUGCAUCAAGUAAUGUAAGUGGAAUUUUAAGUAAAUCAGAUCACUUAACUGGUAGAGUCGGUGGUUGUUUAGUACUGAAAGCUACUUGUGAAGCUUUUCCAGAUUGUGAAUCUAUAAUAUGGUUUAUCAAAGGAAAACAAGUGGAUUCAAGUUUAGAUUCAGAAUUAUUAUCUCGUGUAAUAGUUAAUGAUACACCUACAAGUCGAAUUUCAAAUGUACCUAAACCUCAAGUUUCCAUACUAACUAUCAGUAAUUUACACCUUUCGGAUGCUGGCGAAUAUGGAUGCAGUUCAGUAAACGAAGUAGGAUCUGCUCAAUCUGCUAUAAAAUUAAUUUUAAAUGAUCGUCCACAACCGCCAAUGUCUAUUGAAGUAGUUGAAACUCGUGGUCAAGACUGGAUAGAGGUUAAAUGGGAAAGACCAUCUAGUGAUGGUGGUUCAAAAUUGACACGAUAUAUUAUUGAACGUCGUGUUAUUGCUGCUUCGACUUCUGGCGAUCGAACUACAUCAAUCCAUGAAACAAAUUGGUCUAAUGCUGGUCAAGCUGGACCAUAUGAUGAUCAUUUACGAAUACAAAAUUGUAAACCUGGAACAGUUUAUUCAUUCCGUAUUUUUGCUGAGAAUGAAAUUGGUAUGAGUGAUCCAACGGAGAUUGAAUCACCUUAUCAAAUGAAAUUAUAUACAGAUAUACCAUUACCUCCGACUCAUGUCACAGCAGAACGUUCAUCACCAAGAGAAGCUAAAAUUCAAUGGCGUCCACCUAUUAGUAAUGAUGGUGAUUCUAUUCAAGGUUAUAUGGUUGAAUUACGUGAAACACCAGAUCCAAAAGGUCAAUAUACAUCAAGAUGGACACAAGCUAGUCCGAAAUUAAUACGAUCCGGUACUACCUUAAAAGUUGAUGAUUUACACCCUGAUAUGUUUGUUCAAUUCAGAGUUCGCGCUCGCAAUCCAGUUGGAUUUAGUGAACCAUCUGAACCAUCUGAUUGGAUUGAGCCUAUACAAAAAAAACCUCGUGAAAGUAUCGAUGAAUCAGCGCGUAAAAAAGACGACACUAUGAAAUUACCGAAAGAUGAUAAAUCACCUUUAGAUAUUGUACAAGAAGUAAUUGCACUUAAAGAAGCUAGUCGUCCAAAGAAAACGAUUGUUAAAGAUGCACCUCGAAUACAGCUUAUCAAUGAAGAUACUUAUCGUUUAAGACCAGGGAAUAAUUUACGUGUCGGUGUACAUAUUGAUUCUGGUUCCAAAGCUAGUGUAGAACUUUUGACAGCAAGUGGACAACCAUUACUUGGGAAUGCACUUGGAAGAACUCGUAUAGAACAAUUUGGAGAUGAUUUCUAUGUGAAUUUACGUAAUAUCAAUCUGUCUGAUGCUGGUACUUAUUGUAUAAAAGCAAUAAAUACAGCAGGUGAAAGUAAUCAAUUAAUUCAUUUAAUUGUUCUCACUGAACCACUUCCACCAAAAUCUCCAUUAAUAGCUAAAGUAAUUGAAAGUCCUAAAGGAUACUCUGAAGGUGCAACAGUUGAACUAACAUGGGGACCAUCACCAUUGCGAGAUGAUGAAUCACCAGAACUUACUUCACCAGUAUUAGGAUAUUGCGUUGAACGACGUGAAGGUCAACGUCGACAACAAUUUAAUUAUCCUAUUCGUUUGAUUGGUUCAGAUAAAUUAUCUGUAAAAAUACCAGAUUUGAAACCAGGAAUUGAAUAUGUUUUUCGUGUCAGUUCAUAUAAUGAUGUAGGAUCUAGUGAACCAACUUAUUCAGAACCACUUGUCAUUAAAUCUCCAUAUGGUGUUCCUGAUGCACCCAAAGGUCCUUUAGUUUGUUCUGAUCUUACGGAUUCUUCAUUGAAACUUACAUGGCUACCACCUGAAGACAAUGGUGGUCUACCUGUGAAAAGAUAUUAUGUUGAAAUGAAAGAUGUUGGUAAUCCUGCUGGAUGGAUACCUUUGGGUACUGUAUCAGCAGAUUCUACUUCCUAUCUGGUUAGUCGAUUACAACAAGGAUUCGCUUAUCGAUUCCGCGUGCGAGCCGCUAAUGAUGAAGGGCUUAGUGACUGGUUAGAAACAGAUAAAUCUAUAUCAUUCCGUCGCCCGGUUACAAAACCAUCUCAGCCGGAGGGACCUCUACGAAUGCUGCCAGAUGGAGAUAGAGCCGUCCGUUUAACUUGGAAUGCUCCGUUAGACGACGGUGGAUCUCCAAUUAAAGAUUUCAUAGUUGAAGUAUGCCUCGAUAGAUCAGGAGAACAUUGGCAACCUGUUGGUGAAGUGCGUGGACUAAACAAACGAAUUGAAAAUCUCAUUCCAGAUGGUAUUUAUAGUUUUCGCGUCAGUGCUCGUAAUGAAGACAAUAAAGUCGGUCCACCGCUUUAUUCAGAAAUCUACAAACCAGGUGCACCUAUGACGCCACCUGGCCAACCAGUUGGUCCAUUAAAAGCCACAUGUACCGGAAUCGGUCAAGUGAAAUUGGAAUGGCAACCUCCAAUAGUUGGUGGUCAAAGUGGUUGUGGAGUUCCUGACGAGUAUUUAAUUGAACGCUAUGAACAAAAGAAAGCACGAUGGGCGUACGUAACUCGUCAAAGUGCUUCAACUGGGACAAGUGUAGUAGUCUCUAACUUGCAGCCGGGUUCCGAAUGUCAGUUUCGGGUACGGGCUGAGAAUAGAGCAGGGUCUGGUCCUUUCCUCGAAUCCGAUCGUCCGAUCACAGUCAUUAGUCCAUUUAAUCCACCUGGUCCACCUGAAGGUCCAAUUAAUAUCUCAGAAGUUCAAAUGGGUGCUAGUCGAGCGGACUGUUCUGCUCGUAUUUCUUGGCGACCUCCCUUAGAUACAGGUGGUUUAACACUAAUUCGUUAUGUGCUACAAAUGCGUUAUGCUAAUACUCCAGGUUGGCAUAGAGUGACGGGGCUUCAACGAACAAUUAGUACAGAUGAAAUCAGUGAUAAAUUAGACACUGGAAAAAUAGAUUUGGCUACUACUUCACUUGUAACUGGUUUAAUGCAAGGUCAACGCUAUAUUUUCCGAGUUGCUGCUGUUAAUGAAGUUGGAACAGGUGCAUUUUUAGAAUCCGAAACAUUUGAAAUGCCUGAAGAUGAUAGCUGUAAACCUAAAGCAGACUGGGUUCGUAUUGCUGGAAAAUCAGCUGAUAGCGUAACUGUAGAGUGGCUUGUCCCACACGAUUGUCGUCAUGACCAUGGACCUAAUCGAGCUCAUCACUUAGCUAUUGAUGGUUUUCGUGUGUUUGUUCGACCAGCAACAACAACUCAACCAAGCAAUGCAUCUCAAUGGCAACAAGUUGCUGAAUUAGACCACUAUCUUAAUCGUCUGGUUGUAGGAAAUUUAAAAUCAAACCAAUAUUAUUAUUUUGGUGUAGCUGCUGUGAAUCAGUCAGGUCAAGGUGAAAUUAUUUCUACUAAAGAACCCGUUUGUCCAGAAGCUAUUACAACUGUACCAAGUCAACCAAUCGGACCAUUACAAGUAUCUAAUAUAACAGAUAAUAGUUGUCAAUUAUCAUGGUUAAGUCCUGCAAGUGAUGGUGGUAGUCCAAUAUUAGGUUAUAGAAUAUAUAAACGUGAAAUGUAUCGACGUAGUUGGCAAGAGAUUGGACGUAUAACUGAACUAUCUGGAUUGACUAGUUCAAGACAAUUACAAUUUCAAGUACAAUAUUUAAUGCAUGGUACUGCUUAUGAAUUUCGUGUUGUAGCUGAAAAUAAGAAUGGUUUAUCUGAACCAUUAGAUACACAAGCUCAAGUGCAUCCAGCCAAAGAGACUAGUGUUCCAGGACCACCUAGAGGACCAUUACGUGUACGUGAAGUUCCUGAUAGUAUUGGGACACUGGAGUUGACUUGGUCACCACCAUAUGAGUUAGGAGGACUACCUAUACUUGGCUAUCAAUUAGAAAUACGUCAAGGACGUUCAUUUAAUUGGAAACCAUAUCCUUCAUCCAAUGAACUUGUUGCUUGUGGACCUGAAAAUAAAUUUCAACCGUCACAUAUUAUUACCGAUAUACAACCAAAUAAGGAAUACUUUUUCAGGGUGUCAGCUGUUAAUAAAGAAGGAGUUGGUUUACCACUCACUGCUGAUGAUAGUUAUGUAAAAACUAUUAACUUAGCCCCACCAAAACUUGUAAUGGGUCGUCGAAUUUCCCCCGAUGAAGCUGAAGAUCAAAGUCAUGUGAAACCAAUACUACAAGUUUCUUGGGAAUGGACUCCAUUAUUGGCAUAUGAACCACAACCAACAGGUUUUCAAGUGGAAAGACUUGAUAUUGAAUCUCGAGGUGGGAAGUGGGAAUCAAUUGAUUUUAUUCCUAUCAAUGAUCGUACACAAAGAAAUUAUAUUCACCAGUCCGUUUCACCAAGUUAUGAUGGGAGUUAUAAGUUUAGAGUAUCCACUGUAUACAACGAAGGUGCUAGCCAACCAGUUGAAACGGGUGUUGUAUUGGCAAGUCUUCCGACAACAGGACGAUCAGAUUCGACAACACCCGGUCACUAUGUACCUCCCGUUCCAUCUGUUUUGCUCAAAUCUGAUAGUAAACUGGGUUAUGAACUUGAGUGGGAGGCUCCAGAAGGACAAGGUGCUGAAGAUAUUAGAGGGUAUACGUUGGAAGAUUGGGAUUCAAGGAAACAAAAGUGGGCACCGUUAAUAGAAAUCCCAGUAAGUGCACCUCGCCAGUUAGUUUUAGCUGCAUCGCACACACCUGACAAAGACUAUAAAAUGAGAAUUAUCAGCCAUGGAAAAACUGGCAAGUCUAUUCCAACGGAAUUCGGACUAUAUCGGAGUCCGAUUGAGUCAAUCUCAUCAAGACCUCCAUCUAGAUCAUGGACAACACUACCAAGUACAUCAGGUCAUCCAAUUUCUACGAUGUCCUAUGAUAAAACUCAUCCACGAGCAGAUAUUGACGAUGAUUUUGACUUGGAAUUAGCCAUGAUUACGGGAGUUGAACCUGGUUCUGAUGAAGUAAAUGAGUUCAUUCGUUCAAGGCGUCAGAUGGUUCAAGAUAUGACGCAACGCAUGAUUACACCAUCAUCCCUAGGAAGAGUUAGUUCAUUAGAAAAAAGAAGACUGGACCUAGAUCGCACUGAAAGUUCACUAUAUUCGACUGGAAGGUUGACUUCUCAGUUAGGUAUUUCAUCCCCAGCCGGCCUUUAUAUUUCAGAUCAACUAAGAGGAGAAAUAGUAGGUCCGACAUCUGUCCAUCUCAUUUGGCCUGAACCAAGUGGGUUGUUAGUUCCAGAUAAAAUAGCUUUUUAUGACAUUCAGAAGUGGGAACCUGCUCAUUCUAAAUGGGUUUCUAUUGCCAAGGCUCCGUCUAAAGUUACAGACUUCACUCUAACUGGUCUCCGGUCAAGCGAUGAAAAUGGAUGGUGGUUCCGUGUAGUGCCCUUAGGCCGUGAUGCAGAAUCGGUCGGAGCACCGUAUCAAAUGGCUAAACCUCUUUAUCCACGACAUCAGCAUGCUACGGUUCCUUCUUCUGUUUGGGGUGUAGAAAUUUCUCCUGUUUUUGGUUCACAUAAGAUAGAUCAACGAACAAUUCAAGUUAACUGGAUGAAACCUAGCAAUGAUGGUGGUUCUGAUAUACUUGGUUAUCGUUUACUAAUUUAUGAUGCCGAUACUGGUGAUGACCAAGAGAUAAUUGUUUCUCCAAAAUUUUUAACUUCUAAAAUUGACUCUUUAGAAGCCUUUCAUGUUUAUAGAAUUACAAUUACUGCAUUUAAUCGUAUUGGUGAUUCUAUACCAGUUACUUCAACUGUACCAUUACAUCGUGAAACACCUGGCCUGCCGUCUCUACCUUUACCACCCAGUGAUUUCCGAGCUGUCUUAACAGAUCAUUUUAAUAAAGAAUAUACCAGUUGUAUUUUAUCAUGGAAACCUCCAUCAUUACUUCCAUCAUCACCCAUAGAUUUUUAUGUUAUUGAAAAAUGGAGUUCACAAUCUAAACAAUGGAUUCCAUUUAAAAAAGUUCCGUAUGAUGUGUAUGAAGUUGAAAUCACCCAUUUACUUGAUGAUGUAGAUUAUGGUUUUAGAAUAAGAUCACAAAAUGUCGCUGGCUUAAGUGAACCAUUAUGCUUAAACACUCAUAUUCGACCAAAUUUAGCCAAAGAAAAAGAUACUAAAGCGUUGCCACCACCAGCUCCUGGAGCUCCAUUAGAAUUAAAACAACUUCAUAUUAAUCAAAGUGUAUCAAAGUUGAAAGCAGUGACAGAGACUGCUAAUCGUGUGAUGGAACUAUGCUGGAGUCAACCUACUCUCUUAACAGAUGAUGUAGGUCCAGUUAGAGGUUAUGUUGUUGAGGCUAGAAGAAGAGGUCAGGAAAACUGGGCGCUACUUGGUCGGCUAUCUACUACAAGAGACAGACAUUGGAAUAUUGUAUUUGGUCCUCAAACUGGUGAUUAUGAUAGGAUCCCAAUCCUACCUCACUCUCGACCACCCUCAACUCUUGACGACUCUUCUGGCAAAUGGGAUAUGAGCUUGCCGCAAAUCUUUUCGAAGAGUCAUCCACCUCCAUCUAUGUUGCCAGGAGAACCAAAAGACUAUGAAUUUCGUUUAUAUUCAGAAAAUGAAUUCGGAGUAAGUGAACCAAUUUAUUUAAGACCCAAACUCAGAAGUCCUUCUUUGAUUUCUGAACCACAUUAUAAAACGAAAUCAGCUCUUGAGUACUACGAGUUACCAACUUACCUAUCACCUCCAAGGGGACCAGUUCGUAUAGAAGCCAGGCCAAAGUCUUCUUUGUACCAUGACAGAAUCCAAAGCGAUAAAGAUAUCACACCAGAAGAUUUGAUUUUGCAUUGGAAGCCUCCUUAUGAUACAACUAAUAUUUCUGGCUACGAAGUAGUUUAUCGCGCACCAUAUGAAAUGAAAUGGCAACCUAUAGGUAGGACAGGUUUAUCCGACACAUAUCUAAAAAUACCAAGUUCAUUAUUAAGUGAUUUUCCACAAACUGUUCAUGUUGGUGUACGUUCUGUUGGUGAUUAUAUUCCCAGAUUGACUGAUCGUCCAUAUUCUGAAAUAAUUGAAGAAGUCUUGUCCGUUCCACAAAGUGUGUUUACGUCAUCAUCUUACCAACCUAAGCCUUAUAAAACAGCAAAAGAUACAUUUAAUCUACGGGCUCCUUCAGAGGUUCGUGCCAGUGUUUUCAAAUACACUUCUGAAAAAGAUAGUCCCGAAGAAGUAGCUGUGGCAUGGCGCCCACCCAGCGUGAAAUCAGUGGAAAAACAUGGUUUGGAAAGUUUACCAGACUCUUAUUUAAUUUUAACUAGGGAGUUAGGUCAUUCUGAUUGGAAAGAAAUUCAAACUAUCCCUAGCAAUAUCACCAACACUCAUAUUAGAUCAUCUUUGCUACCACAAGGUCGAGAUAUAUAUAUUGGUGUGGCGCCUGUCCGUGGUAUUCAAAUAGGACCAAUUAUGUCUACUUUAGAUACAAUAAAGUUGUCAGAACCUGUUAGCACGGGAAGGCUCUCUUCAAGAAGUUCUUUACCAUUCAUUUCAGCUGAGCCAUUGAUUGUUUUACCAGAAGGACCAGAUGCAAUACGGGUUCAAUGGAAGCCUACAGAAGCGUUAAUUGGUAAAUUGCCUCAAAAAAGAAUUUCAGAUUAUCGAUUAGAAAUGAGACGCCAACAUGAAAUGGACUGGAAGCCCAUUGGAAUUCCAAAAUAUAUAGAUUUAUUGGAUGGAAUAUUACCCAUUUCAAGUCCAAUAGAAUAUAGACUGGAUAACCUAAAACCAGGUGAACGUGUAGAAUUGCGUGUCGCUACUCGACCAAGUCAUUCAGCCCCAUCGAUUCCUAUAACUGAUACCUUAUUUUAUCAGUUCAUUCCUCCUUAUGAUGUACCUUCAAAACCUGGAGGACCUUUAAUAAUUGAUAUAAUACCUACCUAUUCUCCAAUAUAUUCAAGAAGGCCAUCAUCUAUUCUAGAAAGGAUUGAAUCUCCGUUAUCAUUCUCAACAUAUACAACACCACAUUUGGACUCAAAAGGUAUUCAACUUAAAUGGCAUGCACCCAGUGACACAGGUGGUUUACCUGUCACAGAAUAUGUGAUAGAACGUCGUGGAGGUCCAGUGAAAAGUACCUCAAGUGAAUGGAUACCUGUGUUAUCUGUUUCAGGAGAGACGACUUCAGCAGUAAUUCCAUUUUCAAGUACUCUGACCAAUGUUCAUCCUUAUUCUUACCGUGUUCGAGCAGUCAAUCGUAUGGGUGCAAGCAGUCCAUUAGAAACUUCAAGACCAUUGGAUUUUGAGACAUCAGUGUUGGAUCAAGCUAGCAGACCUUCUUCUCGUGUUAGUUACCGACCACUACCACCCUCUGCACCAUCUGGACCCUUACGAUCAGAAUUUCUUCCUUUUGAUUCAGGUCUUCAUCUAGAAUGGCAACAUCCUCAAAAGAGUUCUUACAAAUUAGAUGAAUCACUGUCUAUGCCAUCCGCAUACGUAAUCGAAGCUACUGAGGCUAGCAGACCAGAUGCACCUUGGAUCGAAGUUGGCCGUGUCCCUGGUACUGUAACAUCAGCUGAUGUUCGAAUUUUGCCUACACUGUAUAGAAGAGAGUCGACGGAAAGUCCAUAUACACCAAGCUCAUACCACGUACCCCCUACUCUUCUAUAUCGAAUAAGGGGUGAAAAUGAGUUUGGUUUAAGCGCACCUCUUGUGACAAGAAUUGAGCCACCUGGUCAUCCUGUAUAUGAAUCCAAACUUGGUUUCGAGCACCUAAAAUUAAGCCCUGGUCGCCUUGAAGCUCGUUUACUGCCAAUGUCAUCAGAAUUUCAAUUACCUCAGAUUGAAUUACGCUGGCCGCCUCUUUCUCCAGAAUACAGAAGACAAAGUUUCCCAUCAUCCGCUGAUCGCCGACUUAUAACAACUCCCAUAACACCAGAUAUAAGUUACCUGGUUCAAGUUAAAAAGGCUGAAGAUAUCGGAUGGCAAACAUUAGCCACCUUACCAUACGGUCAAGAAAGAUUUACUUAUCGCCCCAAAGUAGAAAAAAUACUUCAGAGACCACGGUCUAGUUUGGGCUCAGUUCAGAGACCAGAAGAAAGACCAAUAUUUGAAGCUUACCAGUUCCGUGUAGCCCCAAGAAGUCAUUUCGGUGUUGGGAGAUUCAUAGAAUCGGAUGUAGUCAGCUGGGGUCCGUCUCAUUUACAAGUUGGUGAUUACAGAACAGUAAGCUUACCGGGACGUACUUCGAUGGAACUUAUGAUUCCGUCCGUUCCUCAACCAAUGAUACCUUCUCCUGAGCGUUUCCACUUGGUUGAUGUGUCUACCGAGUCAGCUGGUGAACAUAUACAAAACAGAUUGGGAAGUGUAACACUAUCCUGGCAUCCUCCAGCGGGUAUGUCUUCUACUUUACGCUCCACUUCAGAUUUCGUCGUUGAAUCAUGGCGUCCAGACAAACAAGAAUGGUGGCCGAUAGCAAGACGACCAGCUGCUAUCAGUGCUGAAUCUGUACCGGGCAGGUAUGAAAUAAGCGUCGAUCGUUUACCACUCGGACAAACUUAUCAUUUCCGCGUUCUGACGGAAACAAAAGAUGGUCGAAGUGAACCAGUUAUUCUUCCGCAACCUGUUUUCAUGCCACAAUUAGAUAAAGAAAAGAAAGAGAAACCAGCUCCACCUUCUCAUCUUAGAGUAUCAUUAUUAACUGGCAGUACAAAAGGUGCUUUGUUAACAUGGCUUCCACCAUCAACAGUAACAUUCUCAGGUCGACGUAGCAGUUUGUCAUUACGUUGUCCUCCAACUGGAUAUAUAUUAGAAUAUUGUACAUUACCAUCCACAGGAUAUGAACCAACUACUUGGAAACGUUUAGCAGUAUUGGAUGCUUGGGAAACAUCUUAUCAAACAACUGAUUUACAACCUGAAACUAGAUAUCUAUUUCGUAUAAUGUCUCGUGGACAGAUCACUGAUUCACCACGUUCUGUAACACCAUCAAGACUUGGAAAAGUUAGUCGAAGUACAAUGGAUUCAAGCGUUCUUAGUGAACCAAUCCAUUCAGAAAUAUUCGAAAUACCGAGAAAAACAAUUACUGUACCAAAAUUAACCGGUGAUUUAACAGUUAAAUCAACAACCAGUUUAUCUUCACUCUCACCAUCGGUUUCUUUACACUGGCAACCAAUUGACGAACCAUUAACAGGAUAUAUAUUAGAUUUAUAUGAUUUAAAAGAACCAACUGGUUGGAGAACAAUUACACGGAUUAAUACAACUGAAAUACGUCAUCCAUUUCAUGGUGUUACAGUAACAGGUCUUCUACCAGAUCAUUCUUAUCGAUUCCGUGUUAUACCAUAUAAAGAUGAUUUAUUUGGUCGACCAUUAGAAACAUUGAAAGCAUACACUGUUCCAAAAGCACUAAGACAUGAGGAUAUUGAUUAUGAAUCAUUAAUUAUUCCUCCACCUAGGGGUCCAUUAUACGUGGAACCGGUCGGUGGUGGUGUUUAUCGUUUAAGGUGGCAGCCAGUGCAACUAAGUGGAUUAACUGACAUUAUGCACAGACGUAAAUUAGAUGAAGAAAUUGAAUAUAUCAUUGAACAACAAACACCAAAUCGAAGAUUUUGGUUCGAAGUUGGCCGAACUCGUCUUACUGAUUAUGUAUUACCGAUUAACAGUGCUACAGUUAGAUUUCGUAUACGUUCAUCAUUAGCUGAUAUUUCGUCAAGUAUCGACAAACACACUAACUAUUCACUUUCAUAUGAUGGUCUUCUCUCCGAAUGGAUUCAUACAUUAGAUGACAGUUCACUAUAUGACAAUAUACCUCGUUUUGGGAGUCCAAAAAGACGAUUAUCUAGUGAUGAAGUUUUUGACAUAGGUCGAAUUGUUCCAGAUGGAUUACGCGUUCUUCAUAUUGGUCCAACUUCUGCCUUACUAGGAUGGAAUUCUCUUAGAAUAGAUGAAGAAACAUUACAUCCAUAUCAUCUUAUUUUAGAACGACGUAUCAUUAAUAAGUAUAAACCAAGUAUUUGGGAACCUGUAGCAAGAAUUCGUACUUCUGAUAAUUCAUACGAAGUACAUGGAUUAUCUUCUGGUACAACAUAUGAUUUUCGUUUAGUUGGAAUUGAAGAAUUAACUAAAACUCGAAGUACAAAAUAUUGUCAACUUUCAAAACCAUUUACAACUCUUGGACAAAUUGAUUCAUUUGAAGAUGAUAUAAAAAUGUUUUGGAUUGAUCAACCAAGAUCAUUGAAUGCUAUUAGUAAAAUUGAUGAAACUCAAGAAGGUAUUAUGUUAACAUGGAAAUCACCUGAAAUGCCUAAUCGUUUAGAUGAAAAAUUACUUUAUAGAAUUGAAGUAAGAGGUUUCAAUAUUUCAGGUGAACCAAUCACUAAUUGGAUUAAAGUUAUUUCAGAAUUAAAAACAACACAAUAUUUUAUUAGUUAUAAUAAAUUAGAUCAUUUAUUUAGUCAAUCAUCUAAUCAUUAUCAAAUUAGUAGUAUAUCAUCUAUAUCUAGAAGAAGAUAUAUAAGAUCCAUUGAUUUCGAUCAACAACAAUGGCAAUUUCGUGUAUUCGCUGAAUUAGAUAAUAAACAAAGUUUACCAGCUAUCACAACAACACCAAUCACAUUGAUUCCUCAAGCCAAACGAAGUCCAUUACGUUUUAUCAAUUUGAGAGAUGAUCGUAUUAUUUAUGCUGUUCAUGGGCAAAAAUUAGUUUUGUCUGUAGAAGUUGAAGGAGAGCCGAAACCAAAUGUCUUUUGGUAUUUAAACCACAUACAAAUAGACGAGAAAAUUUUACCUGGUUGUCGUGUGGCUCAAAUUGGUGUUGGUAUUUAUGAAUUAACUAUUGAAAAAGUACAACCAAGUCAUGCUGGUUUCUUAGAAUGUCGUGUAUGGAAUAUUUACGAGUCAAUAUCAGAAACAUGGGAACUGAUAGUUUCAGCGGUGCCACGAUUCUGCCGACUUGGAUGGGCUGCACAACCUCAUGAAUAUGAAUUAAGACAUGGAGACAGUUGGUAUCUACGUGUUCCAUUAGAAGGUUUAGAUUAUAUACAAGACCGUGAUUGGAUUACAAAAGUUUGGUUCGAACGUUUAAGUCAUUUAACUCCUGGUUUUUCAGUUGAACCGUUGGAAAAUCGUGUUCGACUAAAUCUAUCAUCUGGUUGUCGUUGGGUUGAAGUGGUUGUUGACAAAUUAAAUCUAGCUGAUAGUGGACUAUAUCGACUAUGGAUACAGAAUCAAGCUGGUCGAGAUUACGUUGAUUUACGUUUACGUAUUGCUGAUAAACCUUAUACUACACUACAGAAACCUCGAGUAAAACCACAUGGACCUGGAACACUACUUAUAGAAUGGACUCCACCUUUGAUUACUGAUCGUUUAGAAUCUCUAGUUAAAUUUACUGGUUAUCGUGUAGAGUAUCGUCGUGAUGAACCUGGAGAAGAUUGGUUCCUUCUUGGUACAACAUCUGCUGAUCAAACUUAUUUUAUUGCACGUAGUCAAUUAAGAAAAGGUGUAAAUUAUCGUUUCAGAGUACGUUUAGAAAAUUGGCAUGGAUUAGGACCAGCUAGUGAUGCAUCAGAACCAGCACAACUACCAGUACAUCGGCUUACAGAAGUUUUGGAUCUCAAUGAUAUGGAAUUCCGUCAUUAUACAGAUGGAUCAUUCGAUUCACGAUAUGACAUUAUUGAAGAGUUAGCUCGUACUAAAAAUGCUGGUCUUUAUAGACUUACUGAACGCUCAACUGGUCGUUAUUGGUUAGGAACUAUUAUAGACACAAGUCCAUCUGCAUUGACUAAACGCCCAGUUAGUGCUUUAGGUAAACGUGACAUUAGCUAUCCAGAAUUACCUCCACGUCCAGUUAGUGUUUUGGAAACUGAACGCCCUGUUCGUAGACGUGCUUCUUAUGAUAUAUCAAAGUAUACAUCUAGACAUGAUAUUACUGACUGGGAACAAGAGAAAGCUGAACGUGAACUAAAACUGCUUUCGCGUAUUCAACAAGAAAACUUUGCACAUCUACAUGAAGCUUAUACAGAAGCUAAACGUACUAUUUGUGUAAUGGAAGAUGUUACAUCCGGUGAUACAUUAUGGCAUCAACUAGGUCGACGUAUUACAGUAACUGAGCAUAAAGCAGCGGAUAUAUUACGUCAGUUAUUAGAUUUAACUGCACAAAUACACAAAAGUGGUGGUGUACAUCUUGGUUUACAACCAGAGAAUAUCUUCUUUACUGAUCAAUCUAGGCAACGUAUUGCAUUGGCUGAUCUAGGACAAAUGCAUGCACCAACUGUUGAUAAAGCUGUUCGUUUAUCAUUCCGUUCUAUGGUAUAUAUUCCACCAGAAUUAACUAAUGCUAUGCCAAUUAGUAAAUCGGCACGAGUUGGUCAAUCUGCUGAUAUGUGGUCAUUAGGCCUGUUACUUUACCAAAUGACUACUGGUGAUACAGAAGGAUCACCUGAACCAGAAAAACUUGAAAAGAUGCAUUAUUCACCAAAAAUGAUUGAUUUUACUAAACGUUUACUACAUUCUGAUCCAAAACAACGAAUGACAGUUCAUCAAGCUUUAGAACAUCCAUGGAUAACAAGUAUGACUAGUAAAAAGUAUGAUACAAUUGAACGAGAAGAUAAAGAAGAUCAAUUUAAAUCUAUUUCUUCAUCAAGACCAUAUUCAUCAAAUUUAUCUAAGAAUUAUGAAUCACAAAUACAAGAUGAAAUUCCAGAAGAUGAUAUUGCUGAACGAAUUAAUAAACGUGCAUAUACAAGAUUAUUACGUUGGUUAGAUGCUAGUUAUAUGAAUGAUAAUGAUGAUAUUGAUAUAAAUGAUACAUCAACUAUACGUAAAUUAUCAAGAGGUGGAUCUAUUCAUGAUUCAUGUCAUCGUUAUUAUUAUGAUUACCAAACAUCAUCAUCUAAAGAAUCUGAAGAGAUUAUUGUACAUGCAAGAAUUACACCACGUGGUCAAGCACCAGAAAUAUUAACACCUAUGGGUUCAGUAAGUGCUGCAGAAGGUAGUACAACAAUGUUACGUUGUGCUGUUUAUUUACCAAAAAUAAAAAAGCCAUCACAUCUUACAGAUCAAUUAAGUGAUUUACAAAUUCAUUGGUCAUUAAAUGGUCGUGAAUUAAAUAUUGGUCAUCCAUUACCAUCAUUAAAAACUCCUUCUACACAACAUUAUGUAUGUACUUAUGAUACUGAAACAGGUGAUAUUAAACUUUAUAUUAAUGAUGUUACAAUAUAUGAUGCUGGAACAUAUGAAGUGACCAUCAUUGGUCGAUAUGGUCAAGUAUCGGAUUCAGCUAAUUUGAAAGUUUAUGAAUCAACAACUCAACGUUCAAGUAUUAAUUCUGAUUUAUAUGUAACAAGUGAAUUAGGUGCACGUAUUCUAUUACCAUUAGUUGAUAUGACAUGUACAACUGGUGGUAAGAUUCAAAUGAAAGCUAAAGUUUGUGGGAUACCAAUUCCUCGAUGUACAUGGUUACAUAAUGGUGUCCCAUUAACAGCUUCAUCACGUAGACGUUUCUAUCAAGAAGAUAUGAAUGGUACAUCAUCUUCAGAAUUAAUGUUAAAACUUGAAAUAUCUGACAUUACAAUAGCUGAUGCUGGACUUUAUUCUUUAGUAGCUACUAACAAAUAUGGAUCACAAACAUGUUCAGCUGUUAUUGAAGUAUUUGCUUCUCUUGAGGACGGUUCAGAAGCACCACAUUUUCUGAAAGAAUUAACAAGUAUUACUGUUGUUGAAGGAAGUGCUGCUCGUUUUGAAACAUGUGCACGUGGUCAACCAGCACCAACUGUACGUUGGCUUAAAGAUGGUAAACCAUUAUUAACUGAUGGAAUACGUUUAUGUGUAUCACAAACAUCAACUGAAAGAUCUGGUACUAAUACAUCUAGUCAUACACUUUUAGUUAAAGAUGCUAUAACACGUGAUAGUGGAACAUAUACAUGUAUCGCAACAAGUUCAUCAGGUACUGCUAUCACUGAGGCAGCAUUACAUGUUCGUGGUUUAUUUGGUCGUGGAGGUCAUACUGGCUCAGAUACAAUUAAUAGUGGUGGUAUUCGACAUCGUCAUCCUGAAUUUACUCGUCGUUUACGUAAUCAACAAGUUGAUUUUGGUAGUACUAUACGAUUAGCUGCAUCAGUAUUAGCUCAACCAUCAGCUACAGUGGUAUGGCAAAAAGAUGGUAUAGAAAUUUUAACUGAACCAUCAGAUGAUCCAAGAAUUACUGCUAAAAAUCAUAGCGGUCAUUUAGAAUUACGUAUUGAAAAUGUAUGUAAAGAUGAUUUAGGUCAAUAUACAGUGAUUGCAUAUAAUUCUGCUGGUGAAGCUCGUUGUUCAUGUAUUCUACAAGGUACAACAAAAAUGGAAAUACAAGUACCUAAAUUCACUAAAGAACUUCGUGAUUAUACAAUACUAGAAGGUACUAAUUUAUGUUUAGAAACUAUAGCAAUUGGUGAACCAAUACCUGAAUUCAAAUGGGAAAAAGAUGGUUUUGAAAUUCUUCCCGAUGAAUAUGGUCCACCACGUAUUACACCUGGUACAAAUGGCAGUGGUUUAGCUUAUUUACGCAUUCACAAUGUCCGUAGUUCAGAUGCAGGUUUGUAUCGUUGCAUUGCAUACAAUAGAUUUGGUCGUGAAAGAACAACUUGUAUUGUUCACGUGGAAUCAAUCAAACAAAAAGGUGUACAUCGAUCAGAUAUGAUGAAUGGAUCAUUUACUUCGAAAAAAGACACAGAUUCUUCUUUAGCAAUGUUAUCUGAGAAUGGUAUUAAAGCAUCACCGAGGGAUCAUUCAGAUUCACCUAGAUUAACUGGAUAUAUUAAUGUGUUACGUCCAUUGCCUAAGACUGUUGAAGUUGAAGAAGGCAGUCCUAUUGAACUGACAUGUCGUGUUGAUACAAAUUUACAUUACAUUCCUACAUGGAGUAAAUCAGGUCGAACUUUAACAUAUGAUGGUCGUAGAAGAAUUACUCGUAGUAAAGAUGGUGAACUUACAUUAGCUAUUGAUCAAGUUAUGUCUAAUGAUGAAGGAUCUUAUACAUUGACAUUAGAAGCUUCUGAUGCAAAUGCACCAAAAAAUCUAGAACCAAUUGUACUUUGUACUCGUGUUCAAAUUAAAUCAAAACAAAGACCACGUUAUGAUACAGUUUCACAUGGAUCAUCUCGUGCUAAUUCACGAGCAACAAGUGUUUCAAAUGGUCGUACUUCUAGAGAACCAUAAUAUUCAAUUAUAAAAUAAGAAAGUCUAAACCACAAUUAUCAUGUAUUCAUAUAUGAUAUUUGUUUAUAUUGUUUCAUCAUCUAAGAUACAUAUAUAAACCAUUUUAAGUCUUGUUUCUAUAGCAACAGUUUAUGUUAUUGAUGGGAAUCAAUGUGAAUGAACUAUUCAAUUAACUAGGACUCAACUGCUUCUAGAUCUAAUUUUUUUCUAUAAAAAAAAACAAUUAAGUAAAUGGAAAAUCUUCAAGAUUUCGAAGUUUUCGUAUUCACAUCAUCAAUUUUAUGAAGAUUUUUUCUUACUUGUUAAACAUUGAUACUACUAAUUUUGUUUGUUCACAUAUAUAUUCAUUUCUGUUUAAAAAAAAGGAUUAAACUUGAUGUAUGAAAAGAACUAUACAUAUAGUAUUCGUUUCUUUUACUUUGUUUAAUACAAAUCAAAUUUAUUGUUGUACACAUCCCUUUAAAGUAUUAACUACUACUACUACUGCUGUUACUAACACUAUUACCACCACUAAUACUACUACUACUACCACUACUAUCACCACUACUACUACUACUACCACUACUAAUACUACUAUUACUACUGCUACCAUUCUAUCUAACUACUUAUUUAAUGAUAAAUGCAUUUAUUAGUUUACAAUAAUCGAUAUGUAAGAAUAUCCCUUUUUGAGUAUAUUACAUUUCAUUAAAAUAUCCUAAUCCCUCCUAAUGCCUUCCCUCCUUCCCCACAGCCCCCCCCCUUCCUCAUUUAUUUCAUUCAUCCUUUCACAAUUUAUUAAUUUAGAGAAAUGAAUGUAACUAAGGAAAAGAAAAAUUUAUAUGUAUCUCUAAUGAAAAAUAACGCAUUAUGAUUAGUUUUUAUUUAUAAUCAAUUAGAAUGUUUACAAACUUUACCAUGAAUUUGUUUGUUUGUUUUUCUUUCCUUUUUACCUUUAUUGGUAAUGAUUACGCAACCUUAUUUACUGAUUGGAAUUAUUUAAUGAAUCAGUGAAAGAAAUGCUGAAAUAAAUCAUUUGAUAAUUAAUUGAUUAUUAUUAUUAUUAUCAGAAGGG